CAGUGUGGGAAUCUGAUACAGCCUCAAAUUCAGUGUUGGUUAUGUGCGGCUAAUGCAGCACAUGAUACCAUAAUCAAACAUGUAACUAAAAAAUAACUACAUAAAAUUUUAAAGUGCUUAAAUACUGAUAAUGCUGAGGACAUGCUCAGUAUUGGCUCAAAUAUUAGUAUCAGAAUUUGUGAGAAAUAAGAUGUUAUUGGAACAUAUAAGCUAAGAUUUUCUUUUUUCCACUGCUGUAUUUAUGAAAACUCAAGAGUGAGACCUGAUGGCGUGUCGCAGUAUAACAGGCUUCAUUUGAAUCAGCCAUUAACAAUCUUUAAACCGUUUCAGCUGCCAUAUAAUGUGAGUAUAAUAGAAGCUGAGUAUUACAAGGCCUAUCUGGAAAACAUCUCUAUACAGGCAGUGUCUGCAUCUUAUCUGAAGUGGCAAACUUGCUGUUCUAAUUGUUAUCUUCACACUAAUAGAGUGGAUGUUUUGAAAUCAUUGGCUGGAUGGAUAAAGGCUCAGUAAUUCCCCCAUGCUUACUGUCGGUGUCAGGGCUUAUCAGCGGGAGAUAGCUGGGUCCUGGAGGAUGAUUGGUGUUGGUGUGCGGGGAAGUGGAAGUGGAAAGUUUGUAGGGACUCGGGAAAAGAGAGGAUACAGACAUGGGAGACAUCUGUUGAGAAUUGAGUGAUGGUAUUAUGUGGGGCUUACUGAACAAGAUAUAGGAGUUGAUCUUACUUUUGACUGUUAUUACUUUGCAUGAAGUGUGACGCAUAUGGAAGUCUUUAAAUUGAGUUUUCUUGAAAGUUGAGGGUCUCAAAUCUUUGAAACUUUCUUCUAUCCACUACGUUUAGACGAAAGAUGUCAACUAUAUUUGCAACAACAACAAAAACAUAAACUUGUUCUCCUCCUGUUCAGCAGCCUAAAGUGGGCUGCAGAUGCUUAACGCGCUCUCCGUUGGUUCAUUAGUUAAAGCACACAUCCCCCAUCAUCUUCCUCUAGUGGUCCUCUCUGAGCACUUAAUUGUGCGUCCACUCUACCGGGGCUGGCGCGAUAAUAAAGCAUUAACAGCCGUGCCUCUUUCAUUAAAGUAGAGUUGGGAAAUGUGAGCCCGCCCACUUUUCAGGAGUCAAAAAAAAAAGGGAGAGAAAAAAAUCGAUUAUUUCUCCUCGCACUGGGAGUGGAAGGAGAGGGUUUGGGGAAAGACUCGGGCAGGAUUGUGGAGAGGGACCAGAGAAGAAGAAAAAAAAAGACUGUGAACAUCACCCCAUCAGGAUCCAGACGUCCAGCAGAUUACCUACCAGCACCACCUCCACCACCAUCAGCACCGCUUCACCGGCUCUCCCUCCUCUCCGCUACACAACGGCACCUCGCAGGCAGUCACAGAGACCAGGCGAGGCGUCCUCACCGCCUCCUGCGCAGACACUGUCCGACGAGAGAGAGAGAGAGAGAGAGCGAGAGAGAGAGAGAGAGAGAGAGAGAGAGAGAGAGUAGUUGCUCUGACAUUAUAGACUCCUACCACGUACUGUAGGUUACUUUUUUUCCUCCCGGCAACGUCCUCUGCUAAGUUGCGCUCCUGGAUUUUAAGCGCGUCUUGGUGAAGUCCGUCCCCAGCAAGAGCAGCGGCUUCAACCCUCCUGUCACCCGGCCGGACCAAAGCACCGGCGGACCGUUUUCUUUUACUUCCUCCGGACCAGAUUUCGUGCGAAAUAAAGUAAGUACCGCGCACUUCACAUGCAACUUCACAUCCACAACAACAACACGGUUUAUCAUCUGAUCUUUUUUUUUUUAAUCACGAAGAGAGGGAGAAAAAAAACUUCAGGGUCUAUUUUCAUGCGCGCUGCUUCAUCAACAAAGUACAGUAACUGCGUGUAUUGAUUUGUUGUGACCCUGAUCGACUCGUGCCGGUGACAGCUAUGCCUUAUAAUUUACCAGCUGACAUCAAGUAGCUGCUUAUGGUCUAUUAAGAGAUCCAAGGUCUGCUGUCUCGUGCUUGAGGUAGAAUAACAGUUGUGUCGACCUUGUGGUGCUUUCUCGUGUCUACGUGCAGGGCGCACAGCCCCGAAGAUACAGCUUCUCAAUAGGUUGCCCUCAGACAUAUUACAGUUUGUUCUACCCUGAUGCGCCUUUUGACGCCACAUUCAAAGUUGGGACUAGUCAAGAAGUGGUGGAAAUAUUAGAGUUUGCUCACCUGAUGUGUGAAAUUUUGCAAAGAAGUUUAAAAAACUCAGGGGGAAUGAGACCAAAAGUUUGGGAAUUUUCACAUAAUUUCACAAACAGGAUGUAAGAAACCCUCAAUUAUCUUGUAUCAGAUCUAGCAAUAAUCACAAACACACUUAUCUGAGGUGCUAUGAUGAGCAGAAUCAUCCUAUCACUGCUUUAAAAUCAGGAUACACAGAUCCAAGACAUCUUUGGAAAGACACUGACAGAUAUAUAAAGAGUAAUAAUUUACAGGACAUUGCAGGAAAGUCUAAUUCGCCUGACUUGUUCGAGUGUUAAUUCAGGUUCACAGUGAUAAAUCAGUGUUUUUUUGGAGAAGGCACAGUUUUAAUUUGCUGACUGUGGCUUUGUUUCGACCUCCCUUUCUCCACACAGGAGUUUGAUACGUUUUAAAAUGAGUUAGUUUAGAGUUAAGUUCAGUCUCAGGUGGCUCAAGUGAACCUGUUGCAGAGAGAGGAUUAAUAAUGACACCCUAAUUAACCAGUGGCAACUUUCACAGGUUGCAGCCACACAAAUAAGAAUGAAUUCAUUUCUUUCGUAGUUGAAGUGUGAAAAACAGGCCCGCUGAUGAAACGUGCAGAUGAACUAAAGACGGUUAUAAAAUGAUAAAUUAUUGCACGGUUCAUUUAGAUUUUGACAGAUUGGUGGAACGGACUUGGCAGGGUGCAUUAAAACUCAUGCCCAUUAAUAAAAGCAUAAAAGUUGAUCUCUUCCCCCACAUUCUUUAAGAUUUGUUAUAUAUCUAAAUUUUAUGUCAUGAAAUAAAUACUGCUCGUUAUAAAAGUUGAAAAAUUGCAACCGGUUGUGGAUAUUGCUCGAAUUUUCUCAUGUAAAUCAAACUAAGGUAUUAUCACUGCACAUUCAGAGAGCGAUACGACUUAUUAAAUUUAAAACAUCUUUUAUUUUAUAGGAGUUUUUGGACAAUUUUUUAAAGAAUAAAUCAGCACUGUGUGUAAAAACCACAUUUGACGAUGACAAACGUGCUUUAUACACUCAGGUAUUUACUGCUUUAUUGCAUUUUACAGUUUAUUUAAUUGUAAAAAUGACACAUGCAUGUGAAAGUGGUCUUGAUAUUCAAAAUACAUAAUUGAAUUUUCAGAUGUCGUGUUCAUGCAUCGUCUCUAGAUUUAUCUUUCUGCCUUUUAUUUAUUUUUGCUUGUGUACUCGUGAUCAAAUAUAUCUAAGAGUUUAAGUCUAUAAAGGGAUUUUUACACAUGGCCUUCCCUGUUCUGCCCAUCGUCAAUGAAGUUGUUCUGUGUGGCCUGUCUGGCCUGUUGCUCUCUUGGGAUUUAGCGUUAGGUUAAUCCGCUCAGAGGAAGGUGAGCACUCGCAUGUGGACCCACGAUUACACACUGAGGACUCUGUCAGCCAAGCUCUGUAAUCUCAGAGACCCUGCACAAACACACACACACAUACACACAUGCACGCACCUAUGCGAUCGCACGCGAACACACACUCACACAAAUGCCCAGACAAAAGCAUGGACUGCUUCUUGUCUCGGUCUGCAUCUUUUUAGUAAAAGCACACACUCUCGUCGUGCACACAGCGACACCCACACUAUCUGGCCUGCGCUGCUUUUGUUUCUCUUAUUCUCUUAAGACCUCUCCCUCUUGACAAAUCAUUUGGGAUUUUGGGCGCUGAUUCACAAAACCAACAGUGACAACACACUCUUACCCUUCUCACAGAGAGGGAUUAGGAGGUCACGUGUCGCUGUGAUUGGCCGGGGCAUUGAGCCGAUUGUCAGGGCACUUUGCUGUACACCAGGGGCUCAGUGAAGCUUUAGUUAAGUGAAGGGAAGGGACACAUUGUGUGCCGUGGUCAGGGUUCUGACAUGUGUUUUAAGAGUGGACAGCAUGGGACAGAUUAUUGCUUUUAUCUUUCAAUCGUGGACAGACAAAAUCAAGACCAAUAAUACAUGAAUUGUUAUGUCAUUGCUGAAAAAAUGUGCCCUCCAGACUGCAAUUUUUUAAGCAUACCCACUCUGCAGUUGCAGUACAGAGGCACAUUUCAAGAUUGAAACCCAGAUCUAUAAAAACAUUUUCCCUAAUGGGAACAUCAGAAGCAUUUAUGUUAAAGCAAAUAAAUUAAUAGCCGCUUUUGCUGAGCUUUACAGUUUUUUUUUCUGCCCUAAUAGUUUCAAAUAUUUUGGGAAGGGUUUGCAGAGUUUGCUCAGUAAAACACUCAUUUGCAGAUUGCAGGUUGGCAAGAUCUGCAGGUAGAUAUUGAAGUGCUGUAAUUGGACUUCAUGCCCUUUGGCUCAAACGAGGAAGGUAAUAUAAGAGCCAAUUGUAGGGAAUCAUAUUUACCUCAUAUAAAGGAGGAUAUAAUAUCUUAAAUUGUCAAGAGACGUCUCUGUAAAGUGUGCAAAUACUUCAGUAUAUUUUGCCUUUGUUCUCUGAACUCACAUGCAGGAUAAAACCUAAACUCCAGUUGUGAUAGCAUGAAGAUAAACUCUCUUUUAAGUGAAUUUAUCAGACAUAAAUAGCGGGAAACAUCAGGAUAACUUUUUUCUUAACUGUCUGUGAGCAGAAGAAAACACUUAACUUUACAAUAACUCAAGGGCUUUUUGUAUUUUUGUUUAUUGUAACAAGGCAGGUGUUCCCUCCUUUGCUAGGUUGGGGGAAAAGUCUCUCUUUUUUCCUAUUUGGUGCUUUUUUUUAAUAGCACUAUUAAAAAAGCACAGGGCUCACCCUCACCAUGUGUUUAUUUACUCAUUCGCACAGAUCUUUCUUUCAUUGUCCUAACUGUUGGAAAUGUUCACCCACAUGUUUCUUUGCCUUUAGAGCACUGUCUGUAGAUCUUCAUAAGAGCUGCAAUUACUCCUUACACUUAGGAAAUAAUCAUCUCAAGUAAAUAACACUGUCCUUGAAUGCUUUAGGCCGGACUGAAUGCAUAUAUUUGAAUAUGUCCUGGUUUGUGCAUAAUGAUGCAAAGUCUUCUACUGUCUCUAUCUAGUAAUUAGCGGUGACGUUCAGCAACUUUGUGUGUGUUUGUGAGUGUGUGUGUGUGUGAGCGUGCUGUAAGUGGAUGGGGGUGUGUGGGGUUUGUUCACUAGGGUGUUAAAGAUCACAGAGGAAUAUCUCCGCCUUUGAUGUUUAAUUGUAUUGUAAAACACACUUUAGAAUAUUUCUGCAUAAAGUAGAGUUCUGGCUGUGCUGUGCUUUGUGUUUGCUGUUUCUUUGUGUGUUUGUCUGUCAGCAUGUGCUGUGUGUCUGGAAGGUGUGUGUAUGUGUGUGUGUGUGUGUGUGCGUUCGAGUUUGUGUCUUGUCUCUGUCUGUUUGCGCGUCAGAAUGUUUGUGCUUUUGUGUCUUGUGUUUUUUUUUUUUGUCAGGGUUUUGUGAGGUUGUUGCUGGUGUAUAUUCAAAUGAAAAUGCGUGAUUUCUUUCUCGCCUUUUAUUCUGGCGCUGAAGAGGGUAGGAUUUGAUGUCUGGGAUGAUGGAGCAGUCUGGAAAACAGUGUCAGGGUGAGUGCUGAAAAGGCAAACUGAGAAGACAGAUGCGCAGAAAGGCGGAGAAAGACACACACAUGGAAAAGAAGAAUGAAAUUUACUUGAGCUCGAAAAAGAUGGAGAGUGUUUGGCCUCUGAUCAGAUAUUUUAUAUGAUGCUCUCGUGAUGUCAUGCUUCACUCGCUCGUAUAGAAGGACAGGAUGUCCUGCCUUCUUCUUCCUGUUUCCUGUUUCCUGCCCGGGCUGCGGGUCAUUAUGGCAGCAACUGCCUGCUGGGUGGUCUGAGCUCAGCACUGCUGGCUGACCACACAAUCAUAUCGUCAGCUGCAGCCCACCUAAAGAGACAGCAGAAACACCUCACCAUACUGAGGCCUGCUCCCUGAAAUAUUUGGACAGGAGGAGAGUCCUGGGAGGCGAGGAGACUGGAGGAGUGCAGGGACUAUGAAUGAUAAGACAAAGAGAAACAUUUAGAGUAGAACAGAGGUUGGAUUUCUUUGUCUAAACACUUGAUAGUUCACAUCAGGCUGCGAGCACUUUGUGUGUUCACUCUGAAAUGUAAAAAUGAAGGUUAACACAACUGGAAAUGAGUUCAUUAACGUCCCGAUCAGACGUAAAUUUGAUUUCAGUACAAUGUCGCACACAGGAUCCACCUUUUAAACGUAGUUACAGUGUAUAUCAAAUACCAACUCUAAACAUGUGUGGUAAAUCCAGAUGAAACUAAGAAUCCUUCUCAGUUUGAGGGGAAAGUGUACACUCUACAUGUGCGUAAAUCUGCCGGCAGAAGCCGUGUUCCGUCAUAAAACACAGAGCCUGACCUGUGAAUGUUGCAGGGGCAACUUCUUACCCCCUAAUAUAUUUUCAUAGACAGACCCCCUCCUUCCACCAUUGCCCCGCCAUCACCCUUUAGUGUGGCACACGUUCGGGCUACACCCAGUGCCAAAAAAAAAAAAAAAAAAGCAAAGAGGUGUGGAGAGGGGCGAGAGAGUGAGAAGAAAAAAAAAUGCAGAAAUGUUUUCCAGUGGCUGUAAUUUAUCUUUGUCACAAGUGCAACAUAGCCGAGUCAUUCUGCAACAGAGUCCGGUGAGACGCACAGAGGUAGCUCUGUGCCUCGGCCUCACACAGGCUCACAUCCAUCUGAAAGCCCCGCUCACUCGGCUGCCACAAUCUGCUGCUGAUGCCGCCACCACCACCACCACCACUCGCUCACAUCCACGCUGCUGCUGCUUCUGCUUCUGCUGCGCCUAUUGCUUAUUUUUAGAAGAUCUUGGAUUCAGAGAAAUAAGGUCUUGAGUUUUACCCAGUCAGGCUUCUGCGUGAAGAAACAAUGUCACACUAAAUUGCCAACGAUUGAUAAAUCUGUCUCUUUUUUUUCUGCUCUUAAGGAGAGAUAACAGCCUUUUUUUUCUUCACCUCAGAGUCUCAGAUAUCUGGGCAAAGUUUGAAAUAUCAGGAGGUUUGCCGCUCAACUCCGAGGGGACCGUGCUGCUGAAAAUGCUGUUAACACCGUCUAAGUCGAGGAACAGCUCAAUAAGAAUCCCCGCUCAGUGCUCCCCUCUCCCUCUUCUUUUCUGCAGAGCGCACGGCUCAACCAGGCGCUGUCCUGCCAAAGUCCACACCAGUGUUCCUUUUCCACUGUCAUCUGUGCCAUUCCCACACCAGAGGCCAGCCUGUAACAGAGAGCAUAGAGCAGGAUCAUUCUGAACUCUUAAGUCAGGAGGAAACAGAACGCAGAAAUGUAAAGAAAGAAAGAAAGAAGAAAUAGAGACAAAGUUAAUUGAAAAGUUUGAUUUUUUUCGGCCUAAAAUCAAACUUAUAAUAAAGCAUGAUCACAUAAAGCAAUAUGAAGUGCCCCAAGGGUGAAGAAGGGUGAAGCGAGGCCCCCCAACGCGCUCCCAUUUUCUCUCACUCUGUCAAUUUUUUUCACAUUUUUUCGACCCCACUCCUUCUGCCCCGUGAUGUAUGGCUUUUUCCUACAGUGGCUCUUCCAAAGUGCAGCUCGUGAUGUCAUUAAUUUUAUUCAUACUUUAUGGAUGCUCUGUCUGGAAAAAAAAAAAGAGGGAGAAAAAGGGAGAGGGGAAGGAAAAGAAAGAAGAGAAUGAGAGAGGAGAGGAGAAGAGAUGGUGUUGCGGAAGGAGAUUUUCAGUGCAGUUGCAUGUAUAAUGAAUGAGGGGGCACUUUGUUUGAAACUCCAGCCCGCCGCUUCUCUUCAAGGUUUGCUGGGCAGAGUGGGGGCCUUGUGAUCUCACACCAGCCUCUCUCUUUAUCCUGCCAAUAGAUGCUUUCACCUGGCACUGUGGUUCGACCCAGUGGAAAAACAAAUAACCUUGUGUGUGUGUAGAAGAGAAAAACACACACACACGCUGACACAGAGGAGAGAGAGAGGGAGAGAGACAAUGGAACAAGGGACUGGGUGGAAAAGGGUGAGGAGCGGGUGAGAGAGGAAAGAGGUGAGUUUGUAUAACAGCAGCAGCAGAGCAAUGACGCCCAGACGAUACUGAGGAGAAUACUGGCACCCAGCCCACACUUCCUAAAUAGUGCUCUCUACAGAAAUAGCUCAGCCUUGAUAUUGACUUUUGUCUGCUGUUUAUGUGUGUGUGGAUGUGUACGUUUGAGCAUGCUCAGUCGGAGGACAGAGACAGAGGAGCUUUUCACUUUUUCGGUUAUCUGUUGUUAAAUUUUCUGCUUCUGGUGUGAGCGAACAAUGAAGCGUGUGAGACUUCCUUUGUGACUCAGUUUAAAAAUGGCCUCUUGUCUUAUUUUUGGCCCCGCGCUGGACUCGUGAUUUUAUAAAUAGCCAAAGGGAAGUGCGGGGGAUACCUGUCGUGGCUCCAGCAGAGUCCCAGGGCCUCCACGUCACAUCCAUCCCUCCACCGCUGGCCGGCCGGCCCCCCUCUGGGCAGCGGCGGAGCGGCCCCCCUCGGGGAGGCCGAGCAAACAGGAUGGGGCUCAGAUUGAGGGUGGGAGAAAGUCGGUCUCUGGUGUAAAGCUAAAGCGCUUGGAAUGGAGCAGCAGCGAUUGUUGAAGCUGUCAGAUUUGAAAACUACAACUUCACUUCCUUUUACCAACACAGACUUUUACUUAGGCGCGACACCGACGGCAGCACGGCUAUAAAACACUGUCAAAAUGAGAAGUUUGUUUUAAGACACUUUGUAAGUGUAAGGUCACAGGGUAGGUUUCUCUCCUCUCUGUCAUCUGUAAGCCGAGGUGUCUUGUUAAUUUCACUUCUGCGUCUCAGGCAUGGGAGUGUUAACUUUCCCUCUUUGCCUCCAUGCUGUACACUCUUUCAGGACGAUACAGCCCCACAUUUUGGAUUAGCGAUGAGGUUUCUGUUGCUUUAAUGAUAAUAAUGGUAGGUUUAAUACUAGAGCGGGCUUAUUAUUGCGUGUUUACGCUCUUUUUUAAGGGUUCAGCGGGGUCAAACUUAUUAUGUGAGUAGAUAAUAGUCUUGUGUGUAAUUCUUUUACAAGGCAUUAUAUCUCUCUCUGAUGCCGCCUAAUUAUUUAGUCUUGAAUCAACAGCGUCGGUCUGAGAUUUCUUUUUUAUCCGCUGAACUCUCAUCAACUACAAGUGGUUGAAAAACAGAGCAUCUUCAGGCUGUAACUCGAUUAAACACAGACGAUUUUUCCGCCUGUAAAUGAGUGGCACUUCACAUCUUGGCCCCUCAUCAUAAGGCCUCAUAAUCAUUUGAGGAGUGGUACACAAACAGAAAAGACCGAGUAAAGAAGAAGAAACCGGCCUUGGUGGACCGUCUCUACACAAGGGGAAAGAGAAAUCAUCCCUCUUUUUUUCCCCGAAUGUGUUUUUUUCUCCUUUUUUUCUGUGAAGGGAAUUGUGCUGCCUGUUAUUAAUGUGCUUUUGACAGCUUAAUUUGAUAAGCGGGCUACUUGUUAAAGAAGCCUUGGAUUGUUCUCAUAGAAAGAACACGCUUUUUUUUUUUUUUUUCCUCUCACCCCCCCCUUCCCAUGUUCUUCAAAAUGCUGCCGCACAGUCUGUCGAUGACCCAGUUCUGAGAGAUGGUCGAAAAACAAGGAAGAGCAGAGCGAAAAUCCACUGGGAGAAAGGAAAGGAGAGAAGGCAUGAGGGUGAGCAAGAAAGAUAGAGUGAGGAGGAGAUACUAUAAGCAAGAAAGGCACUUGUGGGAAGUUAACUCAAAUGCUUUUUUUUUUUCCCUGUCUUCUCGCCUCCUCCUCCUCCUCCUCCUCCUCCUCUUUGCUCUUCCUCCUCCUCCUCCUCCUGCUCUGAGCUGCCUACCUUCUUGGGCUCCUCUUCUUCCCCUGUAGCUUAAUCGGAAGAGAAACGCUGGGAACGAUAACGGGGAUUAGCUUCCACUGCUCGCCAGCUCCCCUUGGUUAAGUACACGUGUAAUGAGUUGUUUAUUUGGGAUAAUGCACAGUAGGCUCAGCAGAAGCCCAGAGCUGCCCUCUCCCCCCCUCCUCUCCUCCUUACACACACACACACACACACACACACACACACACACACACAAACAUGUGUAUUAGGUAAAUUCACCACACACAGCAAUGUACAGGUAUGUGCAAAUACAUGCAUUCACACACUCGACCCUCCUCCAAACACACCCACCAGCACAAAUUCCCACACACAGCUGUGAUGCAGGUCACUCGCUGUGCAGAGGGAGACAGAAAGACAGAGUUCGGACUUGUAGGGGUGGCUUCAGUGUGCAUGUGUGUGUGUUUGUGUGUGUAGUAGGGGGCUAACGUUCUCAGGCCUUCUUUGGGUCAGAAGGCCAGGGGAUUUUUUUUUCUCAGGGUGAAGAGAAGGGGAAGAAAUUGAAUGAUGUGAGAAAAAAAAGGAAGAGAGGGAACCAUGAGGAGGGAAGAGGAGAUGCUGUGCCCACUGUGUGUCUGUGCACGGCGUGUUUGUGUGUACGUACAUGAAGUGGAAAAAGCUGUUGCGUUGUGUAGGGGACGUGCUCUGCUAUCAUUAGCUGUGAAGGAGGGGUGGAGGGGGGGAGUAGGAGGGGGCAGGCGAGGUUAUGUGAACGGUGCAGCUGUGCGCGCAGCAGAGGGAUUUGAGUGGGGAGGGGUGGUUGGGGAUGGCGGCGGCGGUAGUGGUGGUGGUGGUGGGGGGGACUCCAAGCAGGCAGGUCCUUCACUGAACCACCAGCUCACAACAUAUACAGAAGAAGAAGAAGAAGAGAAGAAUUCAACCAAACACAACUUACUGCUGCUGCCCCCUCCUUCCACCUCCCCCCACCCCCUCACUCCUCCUUUACUCCUCCGCUCCUCCACUCUGGCCCUUCACUUCCCGAAUAGGAAAAAUAAAUAAAUAACGAUUGAUGCUUGAUGGAGAGGAUAAGAGUGCAAGAGAGAGGAAGAGGAGGCAAAAAGAAACAGUCAUGAUUUAUACAUAGUGUAUGUUGUGCUUUCUCUUCCAGCCAUUUGUGGUUUCACCGUUUUCUAUCCCACAUUUUUCCAAAGUGACACAAACUCAAUGUUUAUUUCAUUAAUUGUAUUACAAACUGAGAAUUUUCUUACUUUUUGUUUGGGGGAGGGGAUUUCCCCAACACUUGACGCACAAUUUCCAAAAAAAAAAAAUCACUCAAAUUUGUUUUAAAGCCUCCUCCUCUUCCUCCGCCGCCCUCUCUUAUUUUCUCUCGCUGAAAGAGUCAGGGCCCAGGUAUAGCGAAAGGAUGGCGCGGCAGACGAAGACCCAAACUCGCUUGUCAGCUCGUGUGAUCAGUCGCUGCAGAGAGACAAGGCAGAGGUGGCGGAGAGACGACAGAACACAGAACGGCACCGGCGUGCACUGCUAAUGCAUUCAGCCUGCCACCGUAUCCAACAACAAGGCAAAAUAUCACACAACUCACUUCACAAGAUGUUCCUACAACAACAACAACAUCAACAAUAACAGACAUAUAAAUGCACACACACACACACACUCGAGCAGACGCGGAGUCACACACACAUGCAUAAAUAACCACACACAGCAUGUUAAAAACCAACCAUGAGGAACAAGAAUUUGAAAGCAAACAAACAAGUCAGAAUGUAAGCAACUUGUCGGGAGACUCUGCGACAGAAAAAAAUAAAUGAAAAAUGAAAUAAACACCUUUUGUUUCUCGUGAAAGAGCUCUAAAUUGUUCAGGUGGAAACAGGAAUCCAAAUUUCAGAAUGAAGAAGAAGAAGAAAAAAAAGCAAACACUAAAAGGAAGUUCAGGUUUUUUAGCAUAAGUGUGUUAGCACUACGGUAAGUGCUGAGCUAAAAAUAAACUCGGUCAAACAGCAGUGCUGUUUUGGCAUGAGGGGUCAUCUCCAUGUGAUACAGAAGCCUCCACUGAAGCCGCAUAUUGAGAGCAGAGGCACUCUGCCAAAGCUUGUAGCUUCACAGCAGUAAUUUAAUAUUUGUUUGUCUCUAUUAUUUCAUUCUCCUCCUCUCGUUCUCUGCCUCUCUUGCUUAUGGGGGUUAAGUAACAGUAAGCUUUAUCAGAUUACUGGCUCUGAGGUCUCUUUCAAACCUCUCUUUGCCAUCUUGAUUCUGUGCAGCUGUGCAGACUCUUUAAUCAUACGCUAUCUUUUUUCACCCACCCCUCCCCUCUUCUCCUCCUCCUCCCGUCUUCUCCUCGUCCCUCCUCCCCUAACAUAUGUUAAUUGGCUGCUUUCUGUGACAAAUUACGAGCGCUCGCUUUGAUGAGGUCGGGUUGUGAUGGUGCUGGGAGUGGAGUACGGUGCAACUGCCAGAACCCUCGCCCGGUUCCCCCCUUUAACCACUCCAAAAAGAAAGCGCGGCACCCAGCCGAUGACUAAUGAGAGGCUUGGACUGGGUCUGGCCCGGCUCUGGCCUCGGUGGGGGCCACUCCCCUAAACAGAGGCUGAUCUGUAGGUGCCGUAUGCCACAACACGCCCUCCACAAUCCAUACAACCUUUCUCCUCAUGCACCCCGCCGCCAGCUGUCCUCUGGGAACUGUUAAGCGCAGGAAAGAUUUAAACGUCUUUUUAUGUGGUGUCAUUUUUUUCCAAUUUGGAGAUUGAAGAACUUUUCACUUAAUGUCACUUUCUUGAUUGCAAUCGCUUUCUUCAUGCGAAAACACACCCUGAUUCAAUUCGGGACAAAUCACAUCAGGUCUGGGAUGCGAUGUACACGACUUAUGUAUCAGGUUUACAUUGUGUGCGUGUGUGUAAGUGUGUGUCCUUGUGUGUGUAUGUGGAGAGAAAGUGCCUGGAAACAUUAUACCAGCCUCACUUAAACAAACACUAAGAGUGGAACAAUCUCUGUUUAAUGAUGCGCAGCGUCAACAGGGAAACAACGCUCAACAAUAAUCAGCACAAUCAGCUCGCGGUAACCAGAAAAACAGAAGAGUGAACCUGACAUCAUCCUGGAAGAGAUUUUUAUUCUUUUCAAGUAUCGGAUAGGGUGGUGGGGUGUCAUAUUUUUUGACUCUACCUCCCUUCAAUCUGCCCUGCUCCUGCUGCUGCUUUUCCCCUGCCUCUGUCUCUUCUUCUCUCUUGUCACAAUCCUUCUCUCUCUCUCCCUCUCUCCUUCUUUCGCUUCUCACGAUCUAGGUUACUCGGUUUCCUAGCAGAGCACAGGGACCAGAGAAAGAGAGAGAGAGAGUAGAAAAAAAAAAAAACAGAAGGUCGAAUCUAUGAAGGACAUCCUUGUUGAAGUGUGCAACCUUCUACUUCUGUGCAAAUUACCCACACGCUGUGCACAGACUCAGAGCAGCGCUGUGGCUCUCACUUCAGCUCAGUGAGGCUGCAACCAUGACACAUAAUGCUGCUAGAGUGUCACAAUAACACAGAGGGGCAAUGUCAACUCUUGACCUUAUAUGGGCUUGAUUUCACUUAUAGUUGUAUUAUUUAUUAUAGUUUUAUAUUUGUCCACUCUUCGAAACACGAAGUAAUUUGUCUCUGGUGUGAUUAAAACUGGUGCUUUAUGUUGAAUUUCCACUCUGUAAAUCGUUGUAUUUGGCACAGCAGUUACAGUGUUUUCUUGUUUUGAUCAUAGCCUCAUAAAUAAUCACUUGACGUAAUAGUUUCGGUGUGCGAUUUAAAUUUGCUGAUGGGGAAAGAAAAAGAAAAAUAGUAAAUUCCACCACUUCCCCAUUUUUAGCCGCCCUUCCCAACACUCUGAUUUGAGUUUCCACAAACAGUCCAAAAAAGGAAAUCAAUUUUUACCAUCAGUCAGUAUGCAAAAGAAACGGUGACCCGCGAGCAAGCCCGCAUUUCCAUACCCGCCGAGUGAAAAAGACAUGCGCGCAAAUACAUGCAUGCUGGAAAGAGUGACAAAAUAAAGCUGUGAAGAAAAAAAAAAAAAGGGAAGUACGCCGGCGUCUCGUGGUUGCAUGAGGGGCUAGCCAUGUUAGCAUUAGCCUGCGGGCCUUAAUUGAGGCCAGGAGGGAGCAUUUAAUAAUUGCUGUCAGAAGAUCAAAUUUAAUUCUCCUCUCCUCUUCACAGCCACCACUGCUGUAGGGUAGAGUGAAACAAAUUGUCAUCAGAGAUUCCUAAAUGAACAAAGCUUUUAAUUAGGGUGAUUAGAAUGCUGUGGCAAAGAGAAGGAGUAAAGGGGGGGUGAUGGUGGCGGCGGAGGGGUGUGAUGAAAUCAUCAGCGGAUCGUCUGAACUAUGAUUUCGGGUGUUGAUACGGAGAGCUCGAGGAGGGGACAGGCACACUGAGACUGGAGAGUUUGUAAGUAAGCGUGGCCCUAAGAAACAGUUUCGAACCUCUGACACACACACACACGUACAAACACACACACACAUGAACCGGCCUAACCCUCCCCAACUGGAGAACAUUGCUAACAUCCUGAGACAUUGUCAUACUCGGCAGGGAACAUAAUUGGGUGAAUAUGUCAGUGCUUUGUGCUCUUAGUGACAUGACUCCCGGCUGUUCCUGUGGGGGCUGGGAACACCCAUUGAAGGGUUUUUUAGUGUAAUUCCACAGCAUUUAUAUGCUCCGUUACAUCUUUUUACUUUCUUUUUUGCUUGUUUUCCAGACGUACUGAUAAGCAGCGGCUUCAUUAUCUGUGCAAACAGACGCAUGGAUGAUCACAAAUGUACACGUAUGUGUGUGUGUGUGUUCAUUUUCUGUUCCUGUUGUUACACCUGGGUGCUGCGGUGUGUGGGGCAUCAUGUGAACCCAGACAGUGGUUAACACUCACUGGAAAACAUGACCUGCUGUGGUGGAGCUCGGUGUGUAUGAGUUACAAUAAAUAGAAAGACAGAGAGAAAGAAGUGAAAGAAACUGCGGCGGUAUAGAUAAAGUGAAACUUGAGAGGAGUUAUUUGUGUUUUAACAUUAGACGUGUGUGUCACCACAACCUGCACCACUUCCAUAUCAAAAACCGUUUCAGAACCUCCGUUUUUUUCUGUACCUCACUUCACCUUCAACUCUGUCACCUCUAUUAAGUUGUCUUUUCCUCUCUUUCUUCUUCUUCUUCUUCUCUAUCUUUUCUUUCUACUUGAAUGGGUCCAUUUCCCCUCCCUAUGCUCAAGCCAUGGAAAGACUGUACACACUGAACGGUGAUUCACUCCAGCCUUUUCCGGGGCCUCUCCAAAUUGUGGCUCGCCUUUGCUUCUGCUUUCUUCUUCUCUUCUUCUUCUUUUUCUGAUACCAUUUUUUCCAGCUUGGCACAAAUGUCUGUAUGUGUGUGGGACAUUAGUCAUCGUGGUCCUCUUCGUUUAUUUGUUAUCAUUCAACAAAAACAAAGAUACUGACAACCAACCGGCAAGGAACGCCUAUUUAACCUCGACGGUUGCUCUUCCUCUCUUUUUCCUGUCUGGCUGGCUCUGCCUCUCGUUCACGUGUGCCCCCUCACUCGUCUGCCCGUGGCCUGGCAGCUGUGGCUUUACAGCCCUUGGCCUGCUUUCAAAGAUGGGGGUUGACGCAUUGUGUCAAGUCAUUUUGUCCUUGGGGAAGUCAGCAAUGGGCUAUGGAAAGAUGGCUCUCACCUGUCUGUGUUCUGGCUCUGACGGAUGGCUACCUGUCUCCACUGCGGCUCUGAUGGCUGAAGGCCUCUGUGUGCAGGCGCUGAGUGAGGCGUGCAGCUGCCCAAACGAAGGGCAACGCUGCGUACUUUUCAGUUUCCAUUUGUGGUCUUUCAUUUCUGCCUAGCACCAUCACACCAUCACUGGGAAAACUCUCUAGAAUUAAAGGAAACAAGUCAGUUUAAUUAAAACCAACAAAAAACUUCAUCUUGAUUCAUCACAUUGGUUUUUGCCGCACUAUCAGACAGUGAUCUUCUAUCAUGAUAGGAGUAUUCUUGCAGUGAGGUGAGGCUGCACUCAGACAGGGUCUGCUUUGAAAUUCCUCCAAAGUUGAGCAAAUAUGUUGAAAAUCAUGUGCUAACUGUGAAGAACUUUUAACUCGUCAAUACAGCACAUCUGAGAUUUGGAAAAUUUAGUCUUGGGACAUCUCAUCGAUUUAAAACGCCUCAUUGAUGCUUCUGCCUCUUUUGCCUUUAGGAUUUUCUUCAACCAAUCAGUCAUUUGAAGAAACAUUGUUCAUUUUUAAAAAUUUAAACCCAUUUCAGAGACGGAAACAGGUUAGAAGUGUGGAAAAACUCAUUCGAAUUCAAAAGUAAGGCAAAAUGAGCAAAUAAUCUGCUCAAGAUUUGUGAGAUUUAAAGCAGUGAAUUCUGUUUUUUUAUUAUGUUAUGAAGAAAUAUUUAGAGUCAUUAUAUUUAUCACAAUGAAUGUCCUUUUAAAAAAGUUUAUAACAUAAAACUCCAGGAGGCCAAAGCGUUUGUUUGUAACUUCUGUUUAUUUGUACUUUUUUGUUUGUAAUUUGAUUUUGAUUCCUGGUUUAUGCUCGGUGAACGCAGUAAUUCAGGGAAGGAAGCACCUUUAGCACCUUUAAUUGUCUGUGUGCGCUGAUGUCACAUCCUUCCGCUGAACCGUCUCUGUGAGUGUGUUUCCUGUCUUUCCGUCCCUCUAGACCCCGGGCAGAGAUGUCGGAUUGAAGUAUGAGAGGGGAAACGGUGCUGGCAGACUCUCAUUACACCCAAAAUCAAUUAAGUUUUAAGUUUCAGUCUGAAGUUUUACGUUGAGGAAUUGGUUGAACAUGGGUUGGCAAAUAAAUUGAGAGCUCAUUUCGCGGCACUUGUGCUUCUACUUAUAACAAUAUACUUUGUUCCAUAGUGUCAAUCACACUUAUGAGUGCUGCACAGAGUGUGUGAAAACUGUGCCAACCACAGGCUAUUGGCUCACUUUCCUGCUCAUCAAUAGACAGGUGUCUCAGUUCAAAGGCACACAGAGAUUGAAAAUAGAAUACAUGUGAAACUGUCUCACUAAUGAUCCAACUAAAUCGUGAGCUAAUAGAGAGAGACAGGUGAAGACAUAUCCUCUAACACACACAAAAACACACUCACAGACACACACAGACAGACUGCAGCCCCUUAAAUUCAAGUUUAGCUUACUGGGAGAGAGAAAAAAGAAGGAACACAUUAUGAGAUGAUCCACCACUAUCACUCUAAUCCCCAGAUGUACAUGUUGCUAAUCUCUUUAGCCGCUAACAUGUUAAAUUAGGCCUAAUAUCUGCUGAGAUUCAGAGCCAUAGAGGCCCACCUACGCGUGGGCUACCGCCCAGGUUUAGGUCACUCUUCUCCCCCAGCUCUGGAAAAAGAUACAGACAUUAGAGUGGGGGGGUUGGGGGUGUUGGUGGGGGCUGAGGGAAGUAGCAGUGAUAGCCAUUCGUCACCCUGCCUAUCUCGCUCUGACAGAUGGAGAGUGCGGCGUGCCACAUAGAGGAGUCACUGCCUGUAAUGACAUUAGAGGCACAAUGAGACCUGAUACACGAUUUUUUUUUUUUUUCUGUUCCCAUCCUGCCUGGCCAUCAACUCGCUCCUUUAGCUUGAUCCUUCCCCUCCUUUCAUUCCUGCUGGUACAUCUCCAUCCAUCCUGACAGCAGAUAAAGUGCAGUGUGUUUCCAAAUACAGCACAAACACACACACACACAUACACACGCGCGCGAAAGCACCCGAACACAUCUGCAAUUGAAUCACUGCAUCAAAAACCAAUAGAAGAAACCUCUUAAAAUCAACAAAUCUGAAAGGAAAAAAACUUUCAUGUUCAGGAGGAGGAAAAAAAUCCUCCACAUGACAGACAUGCUGGAGUAAAAAUGGAGCGCUGUGUGUGUAGAGACAUUCAGAUUGUAUUUGGAAAACCAUAUUAAAGCAUGUUUUUGGUCCUCCUCUUGGAGGAAAUGGGAGUUUAUUUAAAAAGAGAGAGCGUUUAUUUAAUGUACCAUACGCCUCCUAAAAGGUUUACCUACUGCACUGUAAUAUGUUAUUUUAAAUCCUCACAGCCACAUUUCCUUGGAGGAUAGGGAAUUCUGGCAUGAUCCUUUUUUUUUUUCAUGGGACACAUGCUAUUACCAAAUGUGUUUCAGAUGUACCAUGAGCUGAGGUGGGGUUUCUUAGAAAAACACGGCCAAUCCUCUCGUGAUAAAUCACCUUCCCCAAUUUGCUCUAACGUGUGUAAAAUUAGGAUUCGAGACUUAAGCAUCAGCAGAUUUCUACACAGGAAUAAAGUUCAAUUUUCCUCCUCGAUUCUCUGAAAGCCGAAACAAUCUGAAAGAUGACUGUGCACAACUUUCGUUCUAGGAACUUCGAGUUUUGUACAUUUCCUCCCUUAACUCACAAACAAACCCCGCAGCUGUCUCUCAAAGUGAUGAAUAAAACCCGAGCAUGAGUCAAGGUAAAGUUCCUCUUUUUUAUAUAUUUUUUUUCCGCCUCCUUGAUUCAAAGAAGUCGUCUUCGGUGUCCUCAAUAACAAAGCCACAUUAACAAGCACCCCACAGACCAUCUAUUAGAAUGUGAAAAAGCGCUGUGUGCUGUAUAUUAGUUUUUAGUGACUAAACACUUGGGAGAGAGGCGACCUAGAAUCAAGCCUUGUGGUGCACUGAGUGUAUAUGUUCUCAUCGUCCUCUCAGCUCCACUUGUGAGACUAAGAGAGAGAGAGAAAGAGAGAGAGCUCAUUAGAUCUGUGUGCUGAAUCGCUGCUCCCUCUCCAUCUCUCCCAUCCUCCCCCAACCUUCAUCCCCCGCUCUCUCUCUCUCUCUCUCUCUCCUCUCUCUCUGUCCGUCCGUCUGCUUAACAGAUGGGAGGGUCGUGGGUACAGCUAUUCCCCUCCCCCUGGAGAGGCCUGGUGCCUGUUCAAAAAGAUCCCUCUUUAUCCUUCACUCAAUUUCCCUCUCUUUUCUCCACAUUUCCUCUCUUCUCCGCUCUUCUUUUUCUUCUCUUUCAUUGUCACCUUUUCCUUACAAGGCGCAGAAGGUUGGGACAGUCAGGAUGUAAAGCGAGCGCAAAGGGGGUGAGCGUUGCCUUUCCGUCUGCUAGGUGCCAGCUCGCCCUCUGACCCUUGCAGUCUCUCGCUCUGGCCUCCUCGCAGUUACCAGGCUGGUGUAAACGCAGGCACACCAUUAGUCAGACUCCACGAGAGGAUAAAGAAACUCUUUUGUGUAUUCUUCCUCUUCCUCAGCUCAUUCCCUCUUCCCCUGCGCCUUACUUAGGGAUUAGCAAAUUGGCUUAAUGUGCGCAAGCUUGUUAGUUCUUUCUUCUGUCGCUCUGUGAUUCUUCUUCUCUGCCUUUUUUCUCUUCCUCACCUUAUUUGCCCUCACAAGGUCAGGUGUCAGUGUCACUUCUCUGUGAAAAAUUCCUGCCUGUGCCGCUCAUCCACGUUCACUCGGCGGCGCUUGUUUCCUCCGUUUCCCUCUGUUUCUUGGCAUCACGAGGCUAAAUUGGAUUGAGUGAUUCAGUGGUAAUCUGUUAAGUUAACCGAUGCUCUUUCCACCAUGAGGGGAAAGAGAGGGAAGGGAGCCCGAUGAGGAGGUGGGCGCUCGGUUCUUAUCCAGUAGCGGCCUGGCACUCAUAUGGGACGGGGGCGGGUGUGAGGACGGAGGGGAACAGUACUUGUGUCUAUGUGUAGGAGGUAGAGGAGGCAACCGUGAGAAGGGAUAGGGAGAAGGUUGGGGGGGUUGGUUUAGGCGGGGAGGCACCGACACGGGGCUAAGCGGCAGCAGAACCUCACCUCAGGGAGCGUUGGCUGGCGCUGGGAGCCAAAAGCGGGGAUUAAAUGUUCAGGACACGGGCUUAGUCUUAGCGCUAACGUUACGUAAGGCCUAAGGUGUUGCCCCAGCGGUUGUUGACAUUGAGAGGUUCAGCUCUGCUCAGCAGGCUGUGGGAGGAAGGAGGAGGAGGAGGAGGAGGUGGAGGCCAGGAGGCAGGGAUCACAGAGGUAACGCCUCCUUGUUUGGAGCGCUGCCCGGGCAGGGAUGUGUUGAGUACAAAGACAGGGAGGGGAUGAUGCUGUCAGCCUGUGAUUGAGGUACGCCGGCUUGAUUGAUAUCCUUGUCUGGCUGUCUUGUGCCAAAGCGCCUCGGUGUUGGCUUGUAAUCCCAGUUUGUCUGACAACAUCCUCCUUUGUUUUCUUCCAGAGGGCAGCGCUUUGUUUUUCUGUCUGUGGAUGGGUGUGUUUGUGCAGAGCAAUGCUAAAAUGUUUUGGAUAGCCUCUUCAGAGCUGCCACAGAGUUAUUUUAGAUCUUGUUGUUAUUAUGAUGGCGCAGUCCGGCUGUUGUCUUAACUGCCAAAUGAUGCAUUUGUGUUUGUAUCUCGUUUCUUCCAUAAGUGGGCGUAUUCCAAACAUCAACUCGGGAAGGUUUUGUCAUGCAUUUCAUCAUUGUCCAAAUUGUAUUGUCUUGUUUUUUUAUUUUUUUUUUAUUUCUGUGAGCGGAAGUUUUUUUUUUUCUUGCAGAAAAAAAUUAUAAUUCAUAUUAUUGUAGAUGGGAUGUUAUUUCUAACUUUCCUAAAGAGAGAAUGCCUGCACAAUGGUUGCUUAGUCCUUAAAUUAAGAUAUACCGAAUUACUGUACUACAACAGUACAGUCAUGUACUACAGCUAAAGGCCUUCGUCUGUCACUAAAUGGCCGCGGUAUCCCUGGAUGUUCCUAACACACGCUUUCAUUAUCAAUGUCCCACUCUCGCACAAAGAGGUCAGGUGCAUAGCAAUGUGCUGCACUCACCUCAGGGGGUUUUCUGCUUUCUUGUGCUUUCUCAUGCAUGUUACUCAAUAAAUACAUGGAUUCAGGUUAGCAGAGAGGAGGAAAAGGAAAAAAGGGGGAGAAAGGAAGCGCAUCACAAUGUGCAUCUACAUGUGCGGGACGGUGCAAAGGAGAGAAAAUGAGAGAGUGAGGAAGAGAGCAAGGGUGUAAGAGAGAAGAGAGAGACUGAUAGAGAGAGAGACUGAGACUGACAUGUCUUUUGGUGAAGCGGUGUCGUCUUCCACAUCAAUGUCUGAUGCUUGUGCUGCCAGGUGCCGGAAAUCUGGUUCAGAAAGGAGAGAAGAGAGAAGAAGGGGAAAGUAGAGAAAAAAAGGCAGGGUAGAUGGAGGAUUUUUUUUUUUUUUUUUAAUGUGACGGCGCUGACAGCUCCCCUGCAUUGCACUGUGCUUAAAUAAUGGGAUGCUCAUUUGCAUAACGAGGGACGUUAUCACCUCUACUGUCAAAAGAAAACACAACAACAGUUCUUCUGCUCCUCCCUGAGAUAGAUUGGGUUGGCCUACUUUAGCACUCUGGAGAGAUGCACUGGAGCUCCGGCUCAGCCAGACUCACACAGGAACACACACACUCACUCAAACACACACACACUGGCAUGCACAUGUGGACACACGUUGAUUCACUCACGCAAAACUUUUUGGAGCACAGGUUUCUUUGUUGCACAUGUGGUCCAGCUCUUCCGCUGCUGGCCUUCAGUUCUUAACAAAAGAGGAGACAAGUGCACUUCUUCUGACACACUCAUCCACAUGCAAUGUCCUCAUCUGGAUGAAGUUCAUGUUGAAAUUGAGUGUGAUUUCUGUCUCUACGAAAAUGUCCUUUCAACGUGUUUCAAAAGAUAGCUCUUGGCCCUUUUCCUGUCUUGUUUUUUGGAUUUGUUUUAAGCAGAACAUGGAAACACUGAGCUCAGUUUUACAUCUGUAUUCCAUCCUGCAACUCACGCCUGCCAUUUUGGAGAUGAGCUCCAGAUAGACUAGAGAAAAAGAGCUGUGUCUGGCACUGCCAGUACUGUCAAUACAGUGCAGUUCGUGGGAAGAAACAAAAUGUAUUUCUCAGUCUGGAGGUAAUGUUACAGUGUCGGUGAUUAGAGCAUUUAAGUUAGCGGCACUUCCAAAACACUGUCAAACUCUCUGUGAACGAAGUGAGAUCCUGACAGCACUGUCUCCUCUCAUAGUCUGUGCUUGGGAAAAAAAAAAUGCAAAAACUGAUUUGCAUGAUAUCGACAGUGAAAAACACAGCGGUUCUCACAACAUUGUUGACAGAUUCUUUGUCUUUCUUCACCCUCCCUUGUGGCUGCCAUGAUGCCACUUUUAUUAUUUUUUUUUCCUCUCAGUAUUUUGCCAUAUUUCAUUUCAUUUAAUGCUCUUCCUCUCCUCCCCCCUCCCCCUUUUUCUUUUUUCUUUCUUACAGGUACGGAUGCUGGAAUCUUUGAGCUGAUUGGAACAAAUAGAAAGCAGAAAAAAAAGACAUAAAGAAAGAGAAGAAGAGUGACAAGAAAGAAGAAAAAGAAGAGGAAGAAGAGGAAAGAGGAGAGUGAAGAAAGCAUAAAGUUCUUAAGAAAGAGGAGAGAAAGAAAAAGACGGGGACGAUGGGGAGGAAAAAGAUUCAGAUCACGCGGAUUAUGGAUGAACGCAACAGACAGGUGAGUCCCUGGGGGAUGGGAGGAUGGAUGAGUGUGAGGGUGGGAAAGAGGAGGGGUGGAGGAGGGAGGAAGGAGAAACACCCUACACCCCACAUAGCCCUGAACAAUGAAGGUCUUCUGGGAGUCUGGGCAAUAAUGUGAGCUGGAUGACAGAGAAGUGUAUGAGGGGAUAUUGCUUUGGGUGGAGGAGUUCCAUUGGUUUAUAACGGCGAGUUUGUUUGUGUGGGCGCACCAGCAAGACUUCUCCAAAAAGGGAUUUGCAUGAGUACAUUUGUAAUCCUCAAAAUAAAGAAAAAAACACUUUCUGCAUAUCACUUCCCGCUCAGAGGGCUGCGGCCUACACACACCACUGUAGCACCCUUCACACACCCAACCUCUCACACCAUGCCACCCAGUUUAGCUCACCAGCAGUGGAAUAUUACCAAGUAGCACAGGAGACGCAGGGUGGGAGAAAACAUAAACAAACAACCAAACAGAGAUGGGAUGGUCUAAAGUGACACAGACACACCAGACCGAGCCAACGGGGCGGAGAUAAAACACUGAAUCAGUAUUUUUCUUGGGCUAAAUCAGUAACAGUAGGGCCGCUGUAGCUUUCCUCUGUGUGGCAAGAGAUACAAUUUUAAACCAGAGAUGCUGCACAUACAUAGUAAUUUACAAAAAUAAAAGAAGUCUUGAAACAACAAACUUUGCACAAUGGAUCCCUUGCAAGCACAAAUUUGAGAUAACAGCUGGCAUUACUUGAAAGAGACAAGACGAAUCAUGGAAGUUGUGAUUUGAAGAGACAGCCCCGUCUGUGGUAGGAGACACCGCUCCCUCGCUGCCCCCGAGGCCUGCAAUUGAUCACUUCCUGUGGCACGACUGGCCACUGACGAUUUGUCAGCUUCCUGGCAGCCCAAUUGGAUCCAUACGCUGCUAACGUGGCCCCUGGAUCACAGGUCAAACACGCACACAGGCGCAGAUCUUGUCUAAAAAACAGCCAUUUCUUUCUACAAUGAGAUCCUCACAACCAUUUCUUAUUGAGAAAAGUGACACUCAGAGGCAUGUGGAGUCAGAUUGGUUAGUAAUGGAGGAGUAAUUGAAGCGGAUUGUAACUUCUAUCAUGACUCAUCUUAUGGGUGCAAUCUGAGUUAUAAAGGGAAAGUUAAAAUCUUAGUACAAGUAAGGAACUCCUGGUAUUAUCCUAAUGCUUAGCGCACAGACUCCCUGACAACUUCAAAUUAGCUCGGAACUUAUGGUAAUUUGAGAUUAUCUUGCAGGUGGUUGAACGCUACAGAUAAGCUAGGGUGACCAUACGUCCUCUUGUGCCCAGACUUGUCCUCUUCUUUGGGGGCAGUCCAGCCUUGUCGUGGGGAGUUUAUAAAAUCCUUGUGGAGUAGUUAUCGUCAAUUGAUAGUUAUCGCGGUGAACUGCUCAAUACAUUGUGAUACUGAUUUGAAGCCAUAUCGCCCAGCCCUAGUUGCCAGUCUGUAUUGGGAGCCAUAGCUACUACUUAUCCAGGUAUUUCAUGUAAAUGCAACAGUAAACCAGCUACAGAACCUAACGCAAAGGCAGCUCUAUAAGUUUACUGCUGUGUUGCUUACUGGCCCUUUAAAUCUCACACUCACCAUCAGUCUUAUUAUGUUUGCGCACCGUCUUGAAAUGCCAUUACAAAUUGCCCUUAUUCUGCAAGACCACACUUGGAUUGCAGAUAAGUUAUAAGGACUGCAGAGUGAUACUAGAUACAAGGAAGACUGAGCAAAACCAGGUGGAGGUCUCUCCCUGUCUCUACCUAUGUUCUCUGUAGCCUUAUUUAUGUGUCUGAUAUUUGAAAAGAGACAGGCCAACAAAGGAAGAGCAAGGAGGAGGUCACAGAGUUUUACAUGAGGAGUGUAGCUAUCAUGUUGCAGCAGCACCCACACUUCCUCCUUACUGUUAUCUCAGCCCUUCUCUCUCAUCCCACCUUAGCCUGGGCCCGCCAGUCGCACCAGGCACUCCGGCUCCUGCGGAUAAGGAGGGAAAGAGGGAGACAGGAAGGACACCUGAGGGGAAUCGAUGCCUGAGAUAUCCGGGCUUUACUUACAGAGAGAGGGAGAGGAGGAGGAGGAGGAGGAGGGAGGCGAGGCGAAGAGAGGGAGUAGAAAAAGGGUUCAGGGAAGGAAAAAUCAAUAUAUCACUGGAUUGGGUUGUUUUGAUCUCUUAAAUGAAAGAUUACUUUUCUUGCUGUUUGUUUAAGUCAAACAGCGGUUCCUGCUGGAAUGAUGUCAUCCAGUCAUGUGGAAAACACCACAUGCACAAAGACGGUGUGGUACCAAGUGUCAUUCAACCUUAGACACAAAUAAAUGACAUCACUGCAUUUCGUGUUGGCUAACAUCACAAGACACGCAAAAAAUUUAAAUAUUAUUUUUAAAAAGGAAAAAAAAAAACGGUCUAGAAAAAGGGAAGCUUUUGAUUUGCAUAUUUUCACUUCCUUUUUGAGGAAAUGUCCCGAAUACAAACCACAGCAACUUGUAUUUCACCCUCAAAUUCUUUACAUACUUGUACUUUUCAAACAUCUUCUUAAAGCCCCUUUUUAUGGUCUUCCACAUUAAACAGAAAAAUACUCCAACAACAUGUAUAGUGAAGAAAAAUAGGAUAAUAUAAAUAUCUUGGAGCUCAUAAUGUUGUAUUAAACAGGGUGGCACAAGACCUCUUUCAGUCCAAAAUAACUACAUAAACCAAACAUAACAUUUCCCCUGAUGUGCACAUUUCUACACAACCCUCAUAUUGCAGUUGUCUUUGGAGUGGCACCACUCUGUGUAGCUGUCAACGCUACCUUGCCACCUACGGGGCUGCACUGCCCACCGUGCAGCAGCAGCAGUCUCGCAAUGGGCACAGGGCCUGGCUCUCUCUGGGCGGCCACUUUGGGCUGCCACCCCCAGGCCCCGAAACACUUCCCGAGAGCAGAGGCAGAAGGGCCAGGCCUCCCUGGCGUUGACUGGCUGCCCGGAGCUCUGGACAGUGGGCAGCAGUGUGUGAGCCCUGGCUCCAAGCCCCCCGACCACUCAGACCCUCUCCCAGCCUCGGGCACAUGAAAGGGCCUCCUGUGCCAUAAACUCAUAAGCUACACACACACAACGCACUCAUGCUGCCGCUUGCACACACGCAAACACCUACAGUGCGAGGUACACGCACAGGUGAGUGUGUAUAGCUUUGAGACAUAGCAGAUUACACACUCAGGCACACGCUUAGAUGGUGUAUUUGGUGUCUUGUUUGUGCAGCGUGGACAAAUGCAUACUUGUAAACAUGUGUACACAUUUAAAACACAUCUAUCUCUCAGGAGUCAGUCCUGGAGAUCGACUAAUUUACUGCAAUUGGCUCUAAUUAGUGUAACCUCUCCAGCCAGUACACUCACUGUGGGCUUAAUUUAGGAUGACUUGUUUGUGCAGUUCGGUGUUGAAGUGUCUGUGUGCGUGCUUGUGUGAAAUGUGCUGUCCAAGGGGGAGGGAGACCAGAGGCCAAAGGUUAAACAUGGAGAGGGUCAUCAGCGGCAGGAAGUCAAAACACAAAUCUUGAAAGUCGCACAAACAAAAUCACAGCAGCGCGGACUUUGCCGGAAGAAGAUAAAAAACCUAGUUUAUAUGUCGUCGCCGUGUGCGCGCCACCUCACUUCCCAGUAAAUGCAAACUGCAGCGCCGCCACCGCUAAAAUAAAGGGGUCUUUUUGUUUCAGCGACAAAGCAUUCUUCUCUCCAAUCAACAGCACUGGGGUGAGAAAAUGUGCGAGUGAAAUUAACAGCAGGAAAAUAAUGAGGCCCACAGGGUCGCUACUCACCCCUGCACCCCUCCUCUAAUUCCCUGUUUCCCACCUUCUACUAUCUCCUUCUCUUACCACAGCGAGUGGCGCUCCUCUCUGUCAUCUGUUCAGCCGCGAGACCUCACCUGGAAAAUGGCUCACUAAGCUCUCACCUUCUCUCUGCGGCGUCUUCCUUCUUUUUUACUCUCUUUUUCUUAUUCUUUGUUUCAUUUCUCCUUCACAUGUUCUUCACAUGCUGUGCUCAGCCGCCUCACCUCACUCUCUUAUCUUUAUCCUCUCAUCCCCCUCAAGCUCUCAUCAUAUUUAAAACACUUUUGGAAAAUCACGCAUUAUGUAAACAUCAUCGAGUGUAAAAAGUCUGUUUAGGUAGGGAGGCAAUUAUCAGUGUUUUAUUAAUUUUUGCUUUUAACAAUUAGAGUAUUUGACUCACAGUUUGCAGCUUGUUUACAUCUUUUCUGCCUAACUAAGUUGUAUAAAAAAAGCGUUAAAUUAAGUCUUCCUGUUGCAGAAAUCCGCGAAACACUGAGAUGUGAUGUGUCAAAAACAGAGAAAUACUUUGCACUGGCAUGCUCUUGCAGUUUUUCUUGAAGUGAAUGAUAAAAAAGUGACAACAAUUGGUUUUUAGCGCUGCAACAAACACAAACUUACAUCUAAAAAAAUGGAUUUUUCCUUCACUGUUGCAUUUUUUCUGCAGGAGCGUGCAGAGGAGAGUCAGACCAGUUAUUACAGUGUUGUCUUGAAACAUAAUUACAAGCCUCAGGAAGAAGAACAAUAAAAAGUGGCAUGUAUUUUAAGACUCCAAACACUAAAAUUGUCAUAAUUAAGACACGGAUCAAUCAGUUCUCCAGGUUAGAGUUUGACUGAAAGCAGAUUUUCUGGAUUGAGACACUGAAUGAUGAAAUGUUUGGAGUCUGCGGCCUUCUGUUUCUUACUGUAUAAUGAAGGCUCACUGGAGAGGGAUGAUAAGUGGGGUUUUUGAGAAGAGAGAAGAGCAUAGCAUAAAUUAGAGGUGGGACAAAGCUUCUUUUGUGGUAAUGCCCCUCUUAACAGCUUCUUUUGGCUGUGAGGCAGAGUUCAGGACUAGGUCUUUGGCUCGUCUUUUGCGUAAGUCUGUAUCUUCCUGCUCGGCCUCCUGACAAUGGGAGAAGUGUUUGUCUCAAGACCAAUCGUCCUGCUCGAUAUCUGAUCGACUUCUACGUACGAGUGUCUCUGCAUGGCCUUGUUUGGCUUGCUAACCAGCAGUCUUUUGGUGUCUGUCUCCCCUCUCCUCCUCCUCCUCCUCCACCACCUCCUCCUCCUCCCCCAGGGAAGCAGGCAGGAGGUGGGAAGCAGAAGCGAAGCCAUUGUGAAGGGGAAGCCACUGGCCUCUUCCUGUUAUGAGAGGAAAUGCAUACAAAUGUGCUUCCUGUACGUCCGCCCCCUCUUCUCCCCCCUCUCCUCUCUCCCCCUCCUUCUCUCCCUUCUUACUCGUGUCACAGAAAAGCAACAACUAACUUUUCCUCCCUUUUUUUUUGUCCUCCCCCACUGUUUGGCCUUUUUUUUUUUAGCAGAGGAAAUGUAACUGAUUAUUUAGUUUGAGUGAAAAGCAAACACAUGAUGUGAUUGUGACAUAGUGUGUUUACAGGGGUGUGCGUCUGAAUGUGUUUGUGUGUCAUGUGUCUGAAUCUCUCCUGGGAUUGGUCUGUGGUGAAGGACAGAGGUGAAUGAACAAGGGUUGUGAGUCUACAGUGUACCGUUAUGACGUGGGUGCUCAUUAUGAGUGAAACUCAACUAGUCUGUGAGUGUGUACAGUAGAAGUAGAUAUGGUGAGAUUUAAGGGUAUAUUAAUUUUUUGUUUCUUGUCAUUUUAAGAUCCACCCAGCCUACUUUGUCCCUAAAACAGACAUACAGAUAAGUGUUGAUGAAAUAAUCCUAUUUUUUUUUUAACUUUUUUUUUAAUCAGAUCUUAAACAACUUCAGGCCUGGCCAUAAAAAAAAGAUCAUUUAUAUGAUAAGAUAUGUGGCAACAUAGUCUAAAACGUAUCCAUACCUCAUCAUUGUGUAUAUGACAUGGUUUAAUCCAAUUUAAAGUGCUCCAUCGCCUGCACUAUCCAAGAGAUUAAUUGUACAAACUUUGUCCGAGGUGCAGCUAUGCACCUGCCACAAUAGGACAUAUGUUUUGGUCAUGCACAUCCCUCAACGACAAUGUAUUUUCCAAACUUUGUGGUCAGACUAUAACACCUGACUAUCGCACAGCCAUUAUCGGCGUAAUAUGUCCAGGCUGCAGUGUCUCAAGUCUCUACUUGCACGCAGACUCAUACUCUUUAAUUGGAAAGCGAACUCAGACCCUUCAUUUCUACAGCGGUUGAGGGAUGUUCUAUCAUUUAUACCUUUAGAGAAACUAAGAUACAAAAUAUGUAAAGCCCACAGAAACUUCACCCUUACCUAGAGUCCCUUUAUAGAGUUUGUAGAAGGUUUUCCAUUUCAGUGAUACAUCUUAAGUUCUAUUGGAGAGUUACGACCAUUUUAAAACAUGCUCAAAACAUCAAUUUCCUGAACAUAGGAGGAGAGGUCACUUUCUGACUAUUUUGUCUUUUUGUUUUUGUAUUUUUCUGUUUUAGUUCUUGGGGGAGGGGGAUUUAUGUUUGGAAGUGGUAUGUCUAUUAAUAGAAAAAUGCAAAAUAAAGUCUUAAAAAUUGAUCAUUUUUUACCCUUUUUAUGCUAGCUCUUGUGUCACUGUUAUUUUUUAUGGUAAAAAAGCAUUGCAAACUUAGGUAGGUUUAAAAUAUGAUGACUGAACUUCCUCAUGAUUUUAUUUAGUGUGGAUUAAGAGUCAAAAGUUAGGGUUAUAGUGAGGCGUGUGGUCUCAGUGAAAAUUUCCCCACAAAAUUUCCCUCUGCGUGUGUGCAAAAGUUUUGCGUGUGUGUGUGUGUUUGUGUGUUUGUGCAUAUGAAGAUAGGCUUCACACUCUGGUUACCCAUUCACUGUGAAAAGACACUGUUAGCUUCACACUCACACUCUUACACUGGUCUCUUUUUCACCAGUACACAUGGUCGCAAAUGUGCUGCAAUGUCACGCUCUUUGUUAUUAACAUAGUGGCGUGUCUAACAGCACCCACUGACCGAGGAAACAAAGAUUACACCCACACUGACAUACGGGCGAUUUAGAGUGGGGCUUUUUUCGGUUUAACAACAUGGACAGAGGGCUCAUUAAUUCAAAGGAAAAGCUGUUCAGCUCGAUACAAAGGCUGUUCACUAGUCGCAGAAUCAUAAUUGUAAGAAGAUUUAAAGUACAAACAAACUUCCACAAUAGAAUCACCAGUUCUUCUACUAACAGAGUCUGUUUUGGGCUUGCACAAGAAAGGCCAGCGGUGAUAUCAUCAGCCUCCAAGGGUCACAUGACAGCAUCAUGUGAGGCCAUGAAGUCACAACAGAGUUCUUCAAGAGGAGAAAUGAAACACAACAUAAAAAUUACACAGAUGAGACACGGUGCAAAUUAGCACAUCCCACUUGAUGUUUGCACCAGUAUUAACGAAGACAGCCAACUGUCUUUUAACAAUGUGUGUGUGUGUGUGAGAGCGUGUGUGUUUGUUCAGGCAAACAUGCUCUGUAUGUGAGCCUGUAUAUUUCUGGAUGUAUGAGCAUGGCGUUAGUAAUAUAUGUGAUUUGGAGGUAGCAGGUUGUAAGUGUCAGAUUGAGAUGUGGGGGUGCGCUGGUGCGAUAUUUAUGUAGGUGUUAUUGUUUGGUCAGUUAAGGCUUUUCAUAAUCACACACUUUUUCUCUUCCUGUGGUGUUGUUAAAGUCAGUCUACGUGUGAAUUAUAAUAUGUGAAAAACGCACGCUAGGUUCCUCAUUUGAAGUGUGAGGCUCGGGAAAAAGUUUGACUGGAUUCGUUUUACAUGUUGAAAUAAGACGCACCAAAUGUCAGAAGUUGAAGCUACUUGUUAGUUACGAGAUUUUUGUUUUUAGGUGUGAAAUGUUUGGGACUGAUUCACUCAUAUAUUAGUGAUUCAAGCUAAUAUAUCAGUGGACCUCCCUGCCUUUGAAAGCAGCAGUCCAGAGACCUGAGGGACUGUAUGUACCACCUCUUGAAACAUUAAUGGCCCCAGCAGAGUGAGUGCCCAAGUGAGUGGCUGAUAACAGAGCCUGUGUCCUGUGUUUGCCCCCUACAGUAUGCCUCCAAACACCAAGGGAAGACAACACUCUCCAUGUCCUGAUCCUGGAUAGUCUGCUCUGACCUUAAGUCCUACUGCGCUGACUUUGUCUUGCCUUGCUCGUCUACGAUUUUGUAAUUGCUCCAUGUAAACACAGGUUUCAGAUUGGGACGCUCGAGUGGGUUGGAUAUGACAAUUAAUCUUAUUGUCACACGGUACCUCUUGAUCUUAAACUUUUGGACUGAGACUUGUUUUUCACAUCUCGGUAUGACUGUGUAAAUGUCAGCAUGGUAUUUAGAGCCCAGGGGAGCUUUUUUCUUUUUUUUUCCUCCGAACGUCGUCGGCGAAUCAGAUUAGUGUUUGUGCCGCAAACUGACGUCGCAAACGCCGGUAUAUAAAGAGUCGGAAUAACGCCUCUCCUGUUUCAGCCUCUGUUGUCUGACACAUGGCUCUGCUUGACGUGGUGUCGUCACUGGAAAACUUUUUAGAUGGAGGAGUGGGUCCAAGAUCCUACAGUUCAUGUAGGGAGAGAGAGGGUGGAGAAAGAGGGAUGGUUUGAUAUUCAGUUUCUCUUGUGCAUCUUGGGAGAUAUGAUUUCAGGAAAUCCAAAACUAUCUAUCAAUAGUCAUUCAAUCCCUCUCCUCUUUCAAACCUGGGAGUUGUGAAGAGAAAACGUGAAGGGCAAUGCAUGAUAGAUUUUUGCUACAAAUCUAUUCAUACAAUACCUGAAUCGACCACACAGAGUGAUCUCUUUGGAAAGGGGUUUUAUACCCUGCAGUUAGAGCCUUUAUUGUUGUAUUCAGAGCAUGUUUAACCGAGUGUUGGGCGGUUUUCAUUCUGUAUUUUUUGGCCCACUUAAGUGUCAGAAGAGACUAGACAAACAUGCAGUUAAUCAACAAACUGUGAUCAUUAGCUACCAGCUGGGUGCGGAUCUGGCAGUAUCUCUCCUCUGUAAAAAAGAAGCUUUGUCAAUACAGAUCUCCCAUGUAAAUAAAACACACAGUCACAGAAGAAAAUAAAAGAAAGUUCAAUAUUAAAACAAGAGAGAGAGAGAGAGAGCAGCAUAGCUCAGUGAACAAGGCUGGCAGUGGCACAUCAUUUUUUUUUCUCUUCCCCCCAUAGAGCCGAGGAGCUUACACACAUGGUUUGGAAAGAAAGCAGGUGCAGCUCACUGGAAUUAACUCACUUUCACUGCUCUAGUUUUGAUCCAAACAAUGGAGAAACAGAGGCUGUUCUAUUUUGACAAUGUGGCCACCUGUAUGCGUGUUUUAUUAAAGGUCCCUGUCUUGGGCCUUUCACACACGUAUGCACGUACACACGGCCACAAACUGAGGGGAAAAAAAAAAAGAGGCCCCAUUGGAGAGAACAAUAUUUGUGGUUUAAUGUGAGUGCAUAGUCACUAUUUUACUGCUCACAAAUAGCUUCAAGCACAGUCUGGGAACCCAUCCGUUAUUUAUAUCAAUGGCCUCUUAUUCACUAUGAGAGGUGGUUAAUUGGGCAACACAACAAGUGAACAAUGUGUGUUGAUGUCUGUGUGAGAAAAUGGUUGCCUCAGCUUCUUUUAGAGUAAGUUACAGGUCUGUUUCUCUAGUUUAAAAGCCGGAAAUAGAACGAGCGCGCAGACAGUUCAUAUGAAAGAGACCAUUUAAUGCAACAUUUGUUCCAUGAUGAACCUCUGUGCUCUUUGAUGUACGAGCAAUAACUGAUCUCCCUUACCGUUAUCUGUCUCAGACACAGUGUUUUCAGUUCCUUAAAUGCACGGCCAGCUUCUUUUUUUUCUUUUUUCCUGGUAGGGUUCAUGGACUGAAACAGUCAGGGGUUUUGAACCAGCAACAUGCUUUAUUUAUGUUUUAAUCUGCGUCCCUUAGAGUAAAUAGUUUUAAACUUUAACAUAGCCUCAGUGUUACAAAAGAGUUUUCUUGGUUGGUUUGAUUUGCUCUUAAAUCUCUUCCCUGUUUCUCUCACCCCUGCUAAUCCUUUUUCCUCCCAUGUCUCUUCUUUUAUUCUCAGGUGACAUUUACAAAGCGAAAGUUUGGCCUGAUGAAGAAAGCAUAUGAGCUGAGUGUGCUGUGUGACUGUGAGAUCGCCCUGAUCAUCUUCAACAGCACCAACAAGCUGUUCCAGUACGCCAGCACAGAUAUGGACAAGGUCCUGCUUAAAUACACCGAGUACAACGAGCCCCACGAGAGCAGGACCAACUCCGAUAUCGUGGAGGUGAGUUACAAGAAAAACGCAGACGGUGCACACCACUCUGACACAUGCGCUGAUUCUCGUAUGCUCAUGCAAACACACUGAAACACACACAGACAGAUGGUUACAGUGAUUGAGUCAUUCAGCAACCUUUACUUCUCUCUUUUAGUCUUCACACCUACCACAGUGUAAGAAAUAAUUGCUCCCAUAGUUUGUCUGUCUCCCCCAGGGGUUCAGUCCCAUAUCAGUUGCUUUAAAAAAAAAAGGCUCAUAUUCUUAUCUUAAUUUAGUCAGGUUUGUUUUUUUAAACGCUUCCUUAUGUGUUGUGUAUUUCUUCACAUAAAAGCAGCAGCUCAUCAUUGAUCUGGCCCUCUCAGACUCUCCCCUGUGGCGUGUAAUCAGCAGUCCCCCCUCCCCUGGCGUCUUGUCACCAUUGAUACGCCUCAUCGACGAGGAUGUUGCGCUGACUUGAUUUGGACAAAUGUCACCUGUGUGGCUCAAGGCGACGUUAAACAGUGCCGUCAGGGCAGCCAGUAGGCAGGUAGAUAAAGCAGGAAAUGACGCUGGCACCCUCCGGGAUCCUUAAGCUCUCAACAUGAACCUGUUAUGCAACAAUCACACUGCGGCUCUGACAAACCUGGUGGGCCAAACACACACAGGCGAUGCAUUCAUGCAGAGUUUAUCCCUUUUCUCCCGCGCGCUCACAUUUACACUCGCACCACGCUUGAUUAAACUGCACCUGUCCCACAAAGUAACGAUGAAUAAAUCAGAUUUUUCUACUGCCUGAAAAUGUCACAUACAGUUUGCUGUGUAUUCAAGAUUCUUUAGCUGUUGCAUGGACACUUUAACUGUUUGAUAAAUGUUCAUUAUCAUAUUUAAGAGGAAACUCACAUUUAAACUUCAUUCUCUGUUAACAUUGAAUAUUGAGUUUUAUUAUCAAUCUGUUUAGUCCCACAAAUUUGACUACAACUGGAACAAUGAGUAGAUUUUUGCAGUACAUAUGACUGAAACAAUAGAAAAAGUCUGUAUUUUCGCCACUGUAUGUCUUGCAUUUUUAAUUUAACAGGCACCUGCUAGAAUCAUAAUGUUAAUUCUUCUUCUUGGACCUAUUUUAUGCACAAAACUGUACCGCCGUCAUUGUUCAGAUGGGUUAGAUGUAUUGCACACCCUUUAACAACAUGCACCUAGCAGGCUGGCCAGUCUGAACACAGCAUGGGAUGUGUUUUAUCUCUUCAUAUGGGUGUUGCUGGGCUUCUUGCCCGCCUGUGGAUGGGCAGGCCCACAGGGAACACUCCUGCCUUUCCAGAUGGCGCUCUGCACCUGACUGCAAACCUUUUAGAUUUACACAUUACACAUAUCAAUUGUCCGAGCCUUUUGGAAGAGGUUUUACCUUACAUUAUCCCCACACUUUAAAUAAUUGCCCCAUCCAUCUGAAUACGUUUGCAGGUUAAAAAUACAGCGUAAAUAAAUGCGCACUAACGUAUCGGGAACUUAAGAGCGGUUUGCUGUUGUCAUUAUUGCUUUUGUUCCAUCAUCGCUUCCAUUUGUAGUCAAAUAUGUAGUGUGUUAAUGUAGCGCAUAAAUCAGGAGACACCAAAACUCGAUAUACGACUGACCUUAAUGAUGAAAGCGAAGAGCGCGGUCUGAGUGCACAAACUCGGACAGUGAGUACAGGUACAAAUAUAUCAACUAGACAUGGCCUAACUCUUUAUGCACUGUAUGUGAUGCUCUUAUUACCUCACAAUAAUUCAGAUUAUUGAACCUUUUUUCUUUAAAUUAUUUACAUGGAGCUGAAUGUAAGAUUUAACUUUUUAAACUUAGAUUAAUUUCUGAACCAUUUCUGCCAUAAUUAUGCAUUCAAUAAGCAGUAAAGCUGUUUACAUCUGAGCAGUUUUUUUCCUUCAAAGCUCAGUUGGAGCGUUGUCAUAAAUCAACAUGAAUUGUCACAGUUGGUGCAAAAUUAAUCAUAUCCAUGUAUAUCAGAAGGGAUAGAAAAUAAUCCCCUCUGCAUUACGCAAUUUACACUAACCCAUUUUGCAUCCACUUAUAUCCCUACUCUUGGUAUAAGCACUUAUAUUUGUAAUGCAGUGAGCCCUUCAGCUUCUGUAUAGUCAGUGUAUUAGCCUGCCCCAGCUCAACCCAUGAAGAGAGCUGUCACAUGUUCCAGCAAGUGCCUGUGACGAGAGCUCCCGCUUUGAAGCUCUCUCUUUAACUGUGUCUCCAUUAGUGAGCAGAGGAUGGCUAACGUGUAAACAGCCAUGUCAGGGGAGGACGCUAAAGAGCCUAGUGGGGGGAGCGCGAUGUGGAGCUCUACCUACACUGUGAUCCCUGGAGUACUCUGAGCGACUCACAGCGGGAGAAAUCGAUCUGAAGAGGCCUUCAGCCUUAGCUGCUGUGUGCUAACGGGAUUGGCCACAGGGCCGACACUAGCACGUUUCCAACGGGUCGGGAGGAGGGUGAAAUGGGGGGUGGGGAAUAGGGGGGCCUGGAUCUCUCCCGCAGAGUCUUAUGUGCCGCUGCUAGGCUACGUCACAGGUGCAGGAGCGUGGGUGGGUUGUUGAGUUUAGGGGGUGCAGGAGCAAAGCGGACUUCCUGUUGAGAAGGCAGGAGGGUGGGGAUGAGGUCAAGAUUAAGAAGAACAGAUGGAUUGGGGGGGGAGCAGAAUUUCAAAGUUACUCCUCUGAAAGAACGAUAAGACCUUUAACUCGACAUUUGAUCUGAUGUAGUUAAUUUCAAAUUGAAGAAAGCUCUGGUUUUUAGAAGUACACAAACUGCCUUCAUCUCUCUCCCUGUGUUGCUGCGGUGCCUGAAGGUGUAGUGGGAGGAGAGGCAGAGGUAGGGGAGCGGAGCUCACAGUGUGGGCGGCUGGCAUAGAGGCCUGCUACAUUAGCAAUAAAGCUCUAUGUAAUUAGCAUGUCUUUGGUUGAUAAUUAGCGUUGUUGAGAGAGUGGCACUGAGAGUGUUGCACAGCCUCUCUAGCUACAGCAUGUUUACAAGAAGCUGCAGGGCUUUUUUCCCCCCUCUCUCUUUCUUUCUCUUUAACUCUCUUCUGUUUCUUCAUCCUUUAUCCUUUUUAUUUUUCAUUGAACACGCAUAAUCUUUAAGUUUUUCUUUGCAUUGUGUUGAAUCUAGGUAAGGGUCAAUGGUGUAAGUAUACAGUGAGAGACAGAAAUAUGCGCGGAAAGGAGAAAGAAAGCAGAAAGAAGAGCAGAGAAGAAGGUCUCGAUGACUCAGUUGAAAAUAGUCUCAGCUGGGAAUGACACUUCCACAAAUAUCUGUAAAACCAAAAGACCAAGAAAGGAAAGCCAACACUUAUCAGAGAAUCAGUUGUAAAACAAAAGGAGCAUAGCUAACCCAAGUUAUUAUUGUCACAAUAACAAUGCGUGACACCGAGAAACCCGUAAUAAUGACAUAAAUAUGAGAAAAAAUAAAACAAAAGACACUUUGAAUCAAACUGAGGGCCAUGCUUUCAACGCAGAGGACAUCUAAACUCACUGAGACUACCUCAGGAGACUUUCAUAGAAGAUGUAUACAGUAUCAUCAGCUGUUUAACAAGUGAGGCAGUCCACAUAAUUAAUACUAAUUGUUUAAAAAGAUAUCCGAGCCCAUCCAGGCAGAGGCAGACCCUCCAUCGCUGGAUGUCUGAGCUGUGUCAUCCUGGCAGGUCUACAGUACACUCCGAGUCUGGCUCCAGAUAAAACAGUCCAACACGCAGAUAGAUUUCCUAUACUUGAUAUCUGCCAGGUCAGUUUCCUGGACAUGUGAACAGCAUUAGAAGCCAUGUUGGGAAAUGACAAGAGAAAAGAUCCAUCUCUUCCUUUUCUUUCCUCUCUCUCUUUUUUAGUCCUGCAGAAGAACAAUCACUCCGAGUUCUUAUUGGUGAUUUAUUAUACCAGUGUGGGGGUUGUUAAUUGCAAUAGCACAUGAAAGAGUCCUUUCUUUCACCCCCCCUCUUCUCCCCCCCUCCCUCCCCAUGAUUGCAGAACAAGCCCAAAAACCUAAGCAGCGUUGGCUGGUUCUGGCUGUGAUUGAAUGGCCCCCAAAUCCAACAACACUCUUGGGCUGUGCCAAAUCCCUGUUCCACAAUAUAUUUGUUUUCCCCUCAUUGAAACAAAGAACACAGGUUUGUGAAACAACUAAAGGGAUAGUGAGGGAGCUGUGAUAGGGAGCUAUAUCCCCUAAAUGCUUGCAAAUACCCCAACAGAAGGAGGGAGAGAUGCUUUUAUAUUCACAUGUUCUGCUUGUGCAGUUACAGUAGGAACUAUUUUGCAUAUACGCGCUCACAUAAAAGGUGUUUCUGGCUUUAGUAAGUGUUUCCGCCCUGCAUGGGUGUAUGCGUGUGUAUAGACUGGUGACAAUUGGCUUGAACCCCGCAGAGCUGACGGCAUUGUGAUGACCUCAGCCAGCACAGCACACGCCGAUGCCAUUGGCUGAAGUAUCACAUGGAACAGCACAUGGCUCCUGGUACUGAGCUGACCUGCCUGCCUGCUCGCAUACCUGCCUGCCAGAGGAAAGGCCGUUAGCCAAUCCCAUUUCCAGCAGAUUAACCUAAUCUGAAAGUUCAGCUCACCCUGUAAUCUUAAACAGCAGCAGCGGGGGAUCCGCCUCCCCACCUUUUCUUCAUCUGAUUUCUUUCCUCCUUUCUCUCUCCCUCGGUCCUCACCCAAAAGUAUUAUUGAAUAAGAGAGUGGGGGAGUUAGGGGAGAGACAGAGGGAUGGAUGAGUGCAAGACGAGAAGAGAAGGAGGGAGGGAGGGAGGGAGGGAAAGAGGGAUGGAGAGGGAGGAAGGCUGGUAAUUAUUUCCAAAGGUCAUUCUGUUAAUGACUACCCGCUUGGCUAAUGAGAUUCAGCAAAGCUCCCUCACCAUGUUUCACCCUGUGUAUGUUUCACCCGUGUGCCGAGAUGUGUGAGAAGCACAGGUGUGAUUUCAGCCCAGUGACAGUCCACUGGGUGGUAAGAGGGAGGGGAAGUAGAGGAGGUGGGAGAAGAUAGGUGGAAAUGAAGAAAUGUUAAAAGAAAGUAAAUUGAGCAGGUAUGUCUUAGAGAUAGCAAAAAGGGGAAAAAAAAAACGGGUAAAGUAGCAGCUUUGCAAAACAUUUCAGAGAAUUUUCCACAGAUUUUAAUCACGACAGAGUCGGAUUUGUUUGAUUUUUAGGACCAUUUACCUUAAAAAAGUCCCUUCUUUAUUAAUUCAACCACAUCUUUCUGAUUUCUCAUAGUCAACAGGACAUGUGAUCCCCUCUCUGAAGUGCCAGUGUGCUCAUGUUCUGCCUCACUCUUGUGAAAAUAUUUUCCAGCAUGUGUGCUAUUCUGUGUGCUUAUUUGGUUUCUAAACAGCAUGGAGAACAUUAGCCUUAAGGAGUUUUCUGUGCUGAUCAGCUCACUGAAUGACUUCUUCUCAUGGCUCUCAAAUACUGUAUAAUUACUCCGGCUUGAAUGCCUUCGCUAAUUUCUCCUCUGCGACUUCAACAUCUUGUCAGCAUCCAAGAGAAAUAACAGAGUGGUAUCGUAUCUCCUGUCUUACACAUGUCCGCGGUGAUUUCGAGUGGGCUCGCUUGGAGGGUUUUGAGAGUAGGGUACAUGUGGUGCAACAUGGGACAGAGGUAAAGGGGUGGGGCUGUCACAGCAAUCUCAGUGCUUCAGUGUUUACUAGUGGCCAAGAGAUUGGCUUGUUUUUCCUGGUGAGCUGAGGAUUAAAGUGCGAAGCUGCUUUGACUUGCUAAGUAAAUUAACCCUGUGACAUUGGCAAGGUAAGCGUGCAGUAAGUUGAUAAAACAAAGACUUUGAUGAAGGACUGGAAACAUGCAGCAGCACAUCUUAAAAAUACAAAAGUUGGAGUAGAAAGAUGUUAAAAGCUGGCGUGGAAUCGACUAAAUACAAAGAUUAAAAAAACAAAAUCGUAUAGUUUUCUCUUAAGGUCAGAGGUUGGUUGAAAUUAAGCAAACGACCACUUGUUGUAUGAAUAUCUAAGUGUACUUAAUCCCACCUAAAGAGGCAUUCCUGUGUCCUCCUACUUUCCCUGCCCGUUCCCUCUCUUUGGUUUGCAUUCAAAACUUACAGUGUUUUUAUUCAAACGCAUAGAAAAAGGGCGGUAAGACAAAGUGCUGACGGUAGAAAUACUUAUCCGUGUUUUUCUCUGUAUGUACCCGUUUUUGCCCACUACUUUUUCCUCACUGUAACUCAGCUCACCACAUAAAAACCAGUUUGUAAGAUGGUCAAAAUAAAGUGCCGCCCCCAAAACACCCACCGACAUCACACUCUUGUAUUUGAUGUACUCUUUCUCAAAUAAAUGCCUCAAAAGUAGUCUAAAAAUAGCGUGUGGUGAGGCUAAAAAUAGUCGCCUUGCUGGCGGUCCUUGCUGGGAGAGGGUAGAAGAAUAGGCAUGGAAUCUCUCUCUCUCUCUCCUUCUCUCUCUUUCUCUCUCUUUCUCUCUCUCUGCCCCCUCCCCUCGUUUUGUUUGAAACAGGGUGGGUGGUGGUUGUUUUUGUAACUGAGCAGUGAGUAAGCAAAGUGUCAGGCUACUCAUUCAGCCUCCGUUUUUCUCUAUCCCUCUCUCUGUUUCGGAGGAUCAACCGUGAAGAGUUGCCCUCGGCGACCACAUGCACAAGACCAUCGGUUUGAGACCCUGGAGUGCCCAUAAACAUUUGAUCUCUCAGAGAAAGACCUCUAUUCUUUAAUCCACUCACUGUUCACUGCCUUGACUUUACCAAACCGAGCUUUUCUGACUGGUUCUUUUCAAACUUUUUUGCUUGAUUACAGAAAAAUACAUUUUAGGAAAGUUUUAUUCUUGGUGUGAAUAGAAGAGAAGUACACACAAAGCACAUAUGAGCAAGCUUAGACUCCUUUAAGACUGGCACACAUCUGUCUCCGGCGCCAGCCUCAGACAUAAAGAGAGCAAGUUUACUGAGUUCCUAUUUUAUAGACUUUACGCCGCUUCCACUUUUUAAGAGAGACUGAAAGCAAGAUGACAGAUAAUGUACAUGAUCUAAAGGCUGAGCAUUUUAUUCCACAUCAGACGCCUGCUGCCCAGAAAAGCAGAACCUCAGACGAGAAACUAAGUAGCACUUGGAUCCCAGUCAGAGGUGUUUUUUAAGGUCAAUAUGCUGAAGCGGAAGUCUGAGGUACUCCCACAACAACAAGAAGAAGGUUUUUAAAAAUAGACUUGUUUGAAAUGUGCCAAUAUGUGGUCCCUGUGGUGUGGAGCGGCAAAAAAAGGCAGGCCACUUCUGAGGCCAAGAGGCGAGGCUUUUCCACUACACGGCCCAGAACAAUUCACGCCAGCCAUUAAGAUGAAAUGAUGCCUUGUUCUUUGAAACUAUUUGUGGAAAAUUCAGAAUAAUGAAGAGCUAUUUUUAUAGAUGGCAUUCCCUGCCCUAGCUUGAGCCCCCCCUUUCCAGUCUCAGUCCCCCCCCCCCCCUCCACAGGCCUGGUGGCUGCUGCUGCUUUGGACAGGGUGUGGAAACUCAGGGUCACAGUAUAGAGGUCACCCUGCUGGUCAUUGUUACUCAAGGCCUCCCUCAGGGUCCCUUUUCCUGCUGUGGCACCACACGAUAAGAGACAGAGAGACAAAAGACGAUAAGUGAUGAUUGGUGGGGGGGGACAAAGAAGGACUAGAGGAUAGCUGGAGGGGGGACUCGAAGUUUUGCCACCCUUAAUAAACUCAAGUUUGUUGAAUCUGUGACUUUGUUCAAACUUGAUCCUAGCAUGAAGCAUGUAAUGAGUCCCAAUGAUGCAGUUCAGUCACAUAAUGACAUGCGUAACAUUAAACAAACUGCUCAUGUGGCAUUUAAAAGCAAGAAGCAGAGUGUUUGACACGCAGUUCCUCCUUGUCGAAUUGAUUUGUAUGUUAAGUCAGAAGCACAUAUAGACACAUUGGCAUUUCUCUGAUUUGAAUAGAGCUGUAUUAUGCAACCAGAGUGUAGACAGGAUGAAAGAUGGUUAGGUCGAGGGUGUAGACAUAAGUGCCCUCUUUAUUCAGUUUCACUGAGCUGGCAUUGUGUCUCAUAAUGUCUAUCUGGGUAAUUAUACAGUGUAGUGACUAGUCUGAAUGACCACUUUGUUCCCGGGGCUGGGAUGCUGCUGUAGCAAACAGUGUUGGAUUCUGACAUGUGCUUAGUGUUUGUCUAUUCCAUAUGGGAAACACUGCACCAUCUGGUAUUGUGCUGCGUCCUGGCUAGCUAACACUGUCGGUCUGUGAGUGGGCUCUCGUCUGCAGCCCGCUCGACUUAAUGGUGAUUUUAGCACAUGCAUUAUCACAAUGUUUGCAGAAAUGUGGAGGAACCUUGUGGCGCAUAACACCCCUUUGUGUCUCGCUUUUGUCCCUCUGCUUUCUCCAAACACUUUUCUGUAUUUUUUCCUCGAUUUCUCCCUCCGCUUUUUCAUUUUAACCAAAAUCUAGUAAUCAUUAGACAGCUAGUAAUGACGCAUUAAGCCCGCGUUAUAACUGAACACACAACCACUUUGCCCAGGGAUGAUGGAUCCCAGAUGCCAGCCUUUGAUUCCUGAUUAUAGUGCAGCAGGGCACCAGGAGUGAGGGGCUUCAAAGCCAACCAAAUCAUUGAAAAGUCAUUGAUGCAAUCGUUUUUCAACCAGUGCACAGGGAUGCACAGAUGAGUGAAAAAAAGUAGGCAGGGACAGGCUGUGAUUUGGGGUCCCAUUCCUCAGAUUGGUAACCUACAAAAAUCUACUCCAAGUACUCCACUCACUCACUCACUCACACUCACACACACACAUGCGCUCAGACACACCACGCAGCCAUCAUCCAUGGGCAUGCCCCUCGACAUGGUCCUGGCAUGUUCAAACCACGCUUCAUGAAACUGUGGCCUUCUUGCCUUUGGUCUGCCAUCUGCUUCCAAUAAGCUAAGCCAGCCUGAUCCCUCUGAUGUUCCCUCCACUCGGAAAGGCAGAGAGAAAGAAAGUGUGAGCGAGAGAGACAGAGAGAGUGAGGGGGGGAGAGACAAAAAAUGAGAGCAAGUAUGAGUGAGCCAGACAGGCGGUAGAAAGAAGUCAAAAUGAGGAGAAUGAGAGCACAUCUCAAACAUGCUAUUACCCCAUCGAUGUCGCCAGCUCACCCACUCGCAGUGGUGCUGAGGGUCUUCAUCCACAGCGGGUUGACUGCAUGACCACUUAUUCUUUUAUACGUGUUAGGGCCGAGGUUUCUCCCCUCUUUUACUCUUUUUCAACACCUUUUCUGAUAGAGCGAAUCAAUCUGCCCUCUAUCAUAUUUAACAUCAUGUCAAACACAGAACAAGUCCAUGCUAGACAAAGCUGUUUAUUCCACUGACCCUUUAUUGUAUUUUAACAGCUCAGCAAACAUGAUGAACCAUAAGUGCUGCAGUUAUUAAUGUUUUUAUAUCGUGGCUGUCUUCUAGCGGCUUGUUUUCCAUCAACUGCUGAAACAAACUUGUGAACUAUAAAUGCCAGCAUUUAUUGGGGGAAACUUUUGUCUCUGGUACUAUACUAUCUUCUUUCAUAAGUCUUGGUUUUGCUUACAAUAGUUUGUGUAUUCUGAAGACCAUGCAGUGCUGGCAAAGAUAUAAAAGGCCUAUUAUAAACUGGCUGUUUUUGUAGAGGGGUUUCGCACUGUUGCUCUCAGCCAUUGGGUUGAAGACAUUGAGAAACAUUUACUGGCCUGGCUGUCGCCAAUGACCAUAAACACAAUAUUGAAUGUGUCGUAGCCUUCAGCCAGUGCCAAAAUAACUACAGAGGGGAACGGUCAGACAUGAGGAUCUCCACAAACACAUCAACUGGUCAGAGUCUAUUAGAAUUAAAGACGCUGCCAUCACGACAACAACGUUUGGUCUAAGCUUCUGUUGAGACGUGGGAUCACUGUAGAGGAAGAUGGAGAUUGGUAGACAGAGACAGACUGAGCAGCAGACUGAGACAGAAAGAUGGGGCAGAAAGACAGAUAGAGAGGGUGAGCAGGGUGGCAGAAUGCCGAGCAGACGGAUCCUGGUAUGGCAGGGGCUCUGGGCAGGCGUCAGCUGUUCCUUGUAGACCCCCUGGGGCCACCCAGAAUUCGCACCCAAAUAUCCUCCACUGUUUUUCUCAACAGCUACAUCAAGUUAACACCCUACACCUCAAAAUGAGAAAAGCUCUGAAUUUUUUCUACAGUUAAAACAUCACAAAAACAAAUUAGUCACAGAUUUAUUAAUAGAAAGGAAGAGAAAAUGUUUUCGGGCCCAGGUCGCCUCGUUUAACCCCCCUCAAUAGUUGUCUAACCCAGGUUAUCUCGUCCUACUCUAGGCCAGCCUAGCUGAGGGCGCAGAGCUGAAGGGUACCGAUGAGACGGGUGUCUAAGUAUGUAGGACGCCGUGUCUAUGCUGCGACUGCCUCACACAGGCCCUGUGACAAGUCGAGUCAUGAGGGAGCAUCAUGAAGAAGGAGUUUAAUUAGGAGCAAGCCUCCAAAGGGGCCACAGAGAGAAAGACACAGAGCCAAGCUAGCAUACACAGCUUUUUGGAGUCUCUCCGCUCUGUCUCUUACUUUUUCUCUCUCUGAUCUUGAACAUUUACUGUAGCAUGUAAGUCUGCUCUUCACACAUUGGUAGCUCUAUGGAUUCUGUAUCUUCACUUUUAAUCACAGAUCCUCCUCUUUCAAGAAACAAUGUCAGCAAUUUCUGGCAUUUCAAUAUUUUUGACAUUGUUUUUCUUUUCUUAAGCUGGCUUUGUUUGGUUUUUGACUAUUUCAAAAAUGGAACAGAAAAAGAUAUGAUAAAAAAAAAAAUCACCGACUUCUAAGGAUAGUAAAAAUGUCCAUACACUCCAUAAGAGGUCUCCCCUGUACAUCAGCGUAAAAUAAUGAGCUCUCAUUGCAGAAUCUGAUAAAUUAAAAUAAAUUUUAUUAUAAGAGUAAUUAUUUGGGUGAAUGCUGUGUACAUCCACGUGCUGCCAUACGUGAGCUGCACCAAAGUGUUUUUGUUUAAUCCUCAGAUUAUUAGCAUAUUCCCCACAGACUCCAUUUCCAUGGCAGCUCCUCGUGCUCACACUCCUCUUUCUUUCAGGAUGUAGCGGUGGCAGCUCUUUCCCCAUGAUCAUUAUUCUCUCAGCCAAUUUGAAAUAUACAUCUUUGAUGUAUCUUAUACAGUGAUGGUGUCACCGACGAACAGACUUAAAGCCUUGUUUGGAGCAGCCGAUGACGCUGAAUGGAGCGGAGCCAUGAAAUGCAGACGUAGAUAAAGCGGUGGGCUAACGGAGAAGGAAAAAAUAUAUAGGGUGAUGAGAGCGGGGCGGCGGGGACGCAAGAGUCUGACAUCCUUCUAUGGCUGUGUAAGCGCUCUAAGGGCUCUGAUUGGUCGUGGGGUUGUGUGUCAGCUUUUGGCAACAGGUGUGAAGUCUGUAAACAGGUGGGCAUAACUGGGAUGAGCAGCAUACCGCCCUUGUGCCGCACCCUCAAUGUGCUGAGCCUUGUUGGGAAGCUAAGCCUGGCCCACAUGCUUCAAAGUCAUGUAACACCCUGGCUCCCUGCACCCCAUCAACACCAAUUGCAAUCAUUACCCAACCCCCCUUCAAGACCACCAGCUCAGUUACCCCAUAUGGGUGUCACCUUUACCCCAGCCCUCGCUCUGCUCUUCCAAGAAUGGAAGUGAAUCUCUCCUGCUCUCUGAGCCGGUUGAUGGUAGGAGGUAGAAAUCCAUGCAAGUAGGAAGAAAACUUCUUUUUUUCUUGCAUGCAUUCUCCCGUGAACGGGAAAAGGCCAGCGGUUCAGCUCUUGUCAGCUCGAUAUGAUGCAUCGCCAAGGCCGGAAUGAAACUCCACAAAAGAAACAGCAAAAAAGUUUUUACAUCUCACGCCUUUGCCAAAAAAGACAGCGUGCUAAACCUCUGCAACCCCUUUGUUCUCUUGACUCAUCCACCUCAGAUCGAGCAAGAGUGCCUGAUUCACUGUGGGUCUGUUAGAAGUCAGAUCUCCUGCAUCGCCGCAGCUGAUUUGUUUGGUGUGAUUUCCUGAAGACUGUCAAAGAUGUGAGAGAUGCUUUCAAAUACAGAAUUCCAGAUUUCCACUCUGGGGGCCAAGUGAGGAUUCAGAGAGAGAGAGAGAGAGGAGGGAGAGCCAGCGAAUGUUGACACGCUUACAGUAGCUGCCUCGCCACGAGACGCCUCAGGAAUCAAACAGUUAUCACACACACAAAAGGAGCCCUCUAAGUUCACUAAAACCACACUCAAAACAGGCCUUUGUUGUGCUGACAUGAGAGAUGACUGGAUUGUUAUUUGUUUUCUAAGCAGGCAGAUCGCUCCCUGUCACUCCUGCUGCUGGUUGUGAUGGAGUAGCUAGCUUCCUUGAGCGAGUACUGACGGAGAGAAAAACAAAAAAACCAGAGGAAGAAGUUCACUGAGAUUAACUUAUCUUAGCAUCUAUCUUCCUCCUUUUCUCCUGCUCGGUCUCUUAUUUUUUUUUUUUUUCCUCAACGCUUACACCCACUCUCGCACACCCACACAUGCACACACAAACACAGACUCAUUCCCCUCUUUCCCCUCCCACACACAGACACUCACACCAGCCGACACGCACACACACACACACACUACAACAUAUAAGGAGAAAGAGGAAGAGAGAGAGAGAAUGAGAGAGAAAGAGAGACACACACUUGAUCAGCAUCAAAUACAGGGUGUGCUAAAGUAAAUUUAAUUACGUCUGUCUGAUAUGGAGCUUCAGAUGAAAGUAGGAGAGCGCAGUGUGAAGCGACGACUGCACAGACAGGAGCAGGCCCGUGAUAUUCCUCCUGUAGACUAAUCUCCCUUUAUUAAAGCCAGGAGGAGAGAGAGAGGGGAGGAGGAGGAGGGAGCGGUGAGGAGAAGAAGAGGAGGAGGAGGAGGGGGGGGUGCCUUUGAUGAGAUCUCUAACUGUCAGCUACUGUACUUUUUCUUCUCUCCGGCUCUGUCUUUGUCUCUCACUUUACGGAGCAAACGAACACAGCACCUAGCGCUUCGUGCCUGCUCGCUCAAGCAAACAGACCGCUGUGCUAUCACACAUGGUUAAUGCGCUCUGAAACUUAUCCCUGUUGUUAUGGUUGUCAACAAUAUCUAAGGAAGGACACAGGCUCUCUCUCUCUCUCUCCCCCCCCAACUCUCUUUGUGUGUCUCUCUGCCGCUCAGAGGGAGUGGUGAGCGAGUUAAGAGGCGGCUGAUUUCUGGCCACUCCGAUGGGGGCAGGUGGCCAUCAGGUGGCCAAAACAGAAACUGCCACAUUUAAUAGCAGACACACCGCAGUCAUGAACUCCUCCGGUGUUCUUAGACUCUAUUCCAUAGCCCAGAAAUGAUCAUGGUCAUGGAAUAUCUUUCACUCUUAUUACUUUUUUUCCUUUCGAGGUAAUUAUGGGGUUUGAAGGUCCCAUGAUUUGUCAUCUGGACAAGAGUUUGAUCAUCCGUUAUGUCUUGUUAUUGGUUGUGAUCGAGUCCUUUGUGCCAUCUUAGGUGUUUAUAUGUAUUUGUGCUUCUUCAGGAAGCGACUGGUGUAUCCUCAUUUCACCCUUGUUGAUGGAGGUCAGAAUAGAGCCUGCCAAAAUGAUUCAUUGGGAAAUUCAGGAACUUUUGAGGAAGAAUUUCUCUGACGAACUGAAAAGAAUGUACAGGAUAUACAUGUUUAGGUUUGCUUUUAGAGUAUGGAGGUAUAACUCUGUUGGAGGAAUGUUUUUGUCCUUUUUAAUACUCCUUGAUUGGCAGGUUUUAUUCUAAAAAGGUGUCUCUUUGCAGUCAUAACCAUCUGUCCCUCCCAAGUGUUUUCACCUGGUUUAUAUCCCCAGCCCUUCAACUGUUCUGUGUAACUACUCUGUUUGCAGACCUUGAGAAAGAAGGGCCUAAACGGCUGUGACAGCCCAGACCCCGACGCAGACGACUCGGUCGGCCACAGCCCCGAGUCUGAGGACAAGUACAGGAAAAUAAACGAGGACAUUGAUCUGAUGAUCAGCAGACAGAGACUGUGUGUAAGUACCUGUCGUUAUUCCCGAGCCUUCCUCUUACCUUUCUUUCCUUUUCUUUCCCUUUUUUUUCCCACCUGUCCACCCUGUCCUCGUCCUUCGUUUCCGUCACCUUCUCGUCCCUACGUCUGUGUCUCCCUCUGUCCGUCUCUGUGGUCGUGGGGACCUGGCAGGCGUUGAACAAGAAGGAGAACAAAGGCGGCGAGAGCCCGGAGCUCGAGUCUGCUCUCAUCCUCACCCCACGCACUGAGGAGAAAUACAAACAGAUUAACGAGGAGUUUGAUCACAUGAUUAAAACCCAUAAGAUACCUGUAAGUACUGGGUUGACACUGUGCUACAGGCUAACAAAACACUGACUGCCCAGCAACUGUUGAGCUAACCCAGCUAACCACCAGUGUUUGCCUGUAGACUAAAUACACAACGUGAGAGUGAGAGUAAGACAAGAGUGAAAUUACAAUGUGUGCUUAAACCUCUUUGAUUUUGCUUGAUUACAGUUGAGGGAUGGUCCUCUAAUUUAGCAUAACUGUAACCAUAACUAGCAAGCAAUCUCCACAAUAAUUGCAGACUUUCUCUCAUGACAAAUUUUAACCUUACCAGUUUCCCUCCUUGAACCUGUUACCAAUAAUGCCUUCGCUGGCUCUCAGGGGAGGUGUGGUCUGCAUGUGUUUUUCCUUUUCCCUGCACAAAAACACAACGAUCAGUCAUGCACUACAACACCGACAGACACUUGGCCAGUGAAACAGUAGAAGAGACUAAAAGUUUUACUAAACAAAACUAAAAGUACUCUUCUUUUUGCCUUAAGAGCUUUAAAAACAUCCCCAUUUUGAAGAUAUUUGAAGACGUAACUUUCUAGAUUUUUACAUUUCAGUGUUAAUUUCAUAGAAGUAGCCUAAAACCACAAAAUAAAGGCUGCUUUAUGUGUAAUCUAAGCCUGCCCAUCAUCCAGAAAGCACCAUAUUGGACCAGUUAGCGCUCUGGAGAAAGAUAAUUCCAUGGUUGUAAUUCAGAGAAGAGCAGUAGUGUCUGAGCCGCGUGGAGCAGAGAGGGAAGAUGUGGUUAGAAGCAAGGCAGGGGUUGGUGAGCUGGGGUGGAGUGGGUUUGGGAUAGGAGCUGGGUGGGGAUGUGGGGAGGGGAAGGGGGGGUCUGCACACAACAAGUGGCAGUUCAGUGUGUGGUCAGGGUGGCUGCCAAGCACUGGGCCUCUGGAUUGCAGGGGACUGUUGCGGGGAGCAUGCAGGGGGAGAGAGGCGGAGGAGGAAGAUGAACGAAAACAGGAAGGAUGGCACCAGUUAAAGGACAGUUUACAGACGGGGCCCCCACAUCCAGCAAUUGCGUACAAAAAAAAUCACAGAGGCACCUCCUUUACUUUUGGAAAAUAAAGGGAGAAAAUAUACAAAAGGUAUAAAAACUCCACUGAGGAAUCUGAAAUGGGAGAAAUCACAGAAAAAAGCCAACUCAAGACAGCCCCUCACUGGUUAUAAAAGAAAGCAUCCACCGCUUUUUGCUGGUGUGUAAAGUUGCAGUCAAAGCAGAAUGUGCAAAAACCCUGCAAUAAACCAUGGUUAAAGUACCCAUCAUUGUGCUUUAAAACAAUAUUUACCCUGUGAAAAAAAGAGCAUUAGCAAAACAGAAAAAAAUGGAGAAAGACAAAGCAGCCCUAAAGCACAUAUCCCACAUCCACGUCCACCAGCUUGAUGAUCUCCCUCGUGCAGUCUGGGACACAUGGCAGUAAUUUAGGCCCCUAUUUUCUACUUCCUAAAGCUAACAUGCAGGAUCAACCACUUCCAGGGCACUCCCAAGGUUAAGCCCUUCAGCCAAGUGACACAAUAAACAUGACAAACUAGACGCCUGGGGCCGGCGGACUAACCUCUGCUCAUGUUGCUGAUGAGGCUGCCGACUGAUGGGACUCUUCUGCUCAAAAACACUUUGCAUUUGCUCCAUGUGUCAGAAGAAUAAAUGUGAACAUCUCCCCAGUCAUGGAGCAACUUUUGCAGAAAAAAAAAGUACUACAGGCGUAUUUUUAAGUGAGGUGAAGACUGACCGAAUUAUCUUUAGCUCUUGAAGAACAGUGGGAUGCCAUUGGCUUUGUUCCCAGUAAACCAUAGGCUGCUUAUUUCUUAAAUGCAGUCAACUAGGAAUGCAACUCAGGGAAUUUGAACACAGUGACCACAUCGGGUCAGCUUUCUGCCUCACAUUUAAGAAAAAGAAAAUCAGAAUUUUUCAGGGGUAGAACCGAGUCCUUUACUGGACGAUUUUGCUGCAGUCGUCUCCAAAGUAACCCACCUUUGCUAUAUCAAGUGAGAAUGAUAAAGUGGUGCCAACUCAUUUAUCAUCCUGACAGGAGUUUAACUUUUCAGAGAUUAGAUUUUGGGGCUCUUACCUUUUCUUUUUUGUGUAGUAGUCCCUUUCACUGCCUGUAUUGUCUGUCUAGUUCUCGUUUCCAUCUAUUUGUGCAUGGCUGUCUUUUGUCAGUUGUCCAUUUAUUCUUUAAAGUUGUCCCAGCCUUUUUCUCUUCUCUGUUUGACUGCUCCUGGAGCAACACUUUAUACUUUCAACAUUUUUUCUUCUUUUACUUCCUUGAACUUUUUUCUUAUUGAUCUCUUUCUCUCUUCCAAAAUACAAUCUUUCCUCAAACCCUGUGUGACUUAUUUUUUCACUUCUCUGCCAUAGUCGGCAUCUUUUGUCUGAUCAAACUUGUGUCUGUCUCCUUUUUAUCCCCCUUUUUCUCCGAGCAGGCCGUGCCCCCGUCCAACUAUGACAUGCCUGUGUCCAUUCCUGUCAGCAACCAGAACAAUCUCAUCUACAGCCAUCCCGGCGGUUCCCUAGGCAACCACAACCUGUUGCCACUGGCGCACCAUGGCCUACAGAGAAACAGCAUGUCCCCCGGCGUGACUCACAGACCCCCCAGUGCAGGUAACACAGGUAGGGCCUCACAUGCAUUCAUGCACCCAUGUACAUGCUGUCGUGCCGACUGUCAAUCUUGUCUACCGCUCAUCCUGUGUGUGUAUCACUCAGUCAGGUUAAUAAUUCAGUUCAGCUGAUACUUACAUGAAGACCAGAACUAGGGCUGGGCGAUAAAACGAUAACGAUAUAUAUCGAAAAUUAAUUUCCCUCGAUAUCGAUAUAAAACAUGGUCAAUAUGCUUUUCGAUAGUCUGGAUGCCGCCAUGUAUUAGUUAGAAAUAGUUAGUUAGAAGUAAUCCAAGAUUGACAGUCACACACUAUUAGGUAAUAGUUAGAAAAUAUAAACAGCAGUGAUUGAACUAAAGUUAGUGGUGUCCCGAUACGAUAUUGAUAUCGGAUAUCGGUCCGAUAUCAGCAAAAAUUCGGAUAUCGGAUUAUAUCGGCCUGCAUCUAAAAUCUCCGAUAUCAGCACUCCGAUACAGGCAGUCCAUUCCAGACUCUUUCUUGCAGAACCCGGAUCGAGCAUGUAGAGCCCAUGUGAUCACAACAACAGUGUGUACUAACAAAGUACCAAGGAGUAGGAGUGAUGUCAGCCCUGUGGCAGUAUUUUUCAUUACAGGGCCGAAAAAGACAUUGCAGUGCAAAACUUGUGCUCAUGUAAAAGUUUGUGCUAAUAUCAGAUCAAUAUCGGUAUCAGUGAAGGCUACAAUAUUGGUAUUUUAUCGGAGUUAAAAAAGUUGUAUUGGGACACCCCUGACUAAAGUGAAAAAGAAAGUCAAAAACUCAGACUCAGGUUAUGACGUUAAAUCAGACUCAAAAGAAAGUAUAUACGCUCGACUUUGUGACAACUGCCCACAACAUUUCUCCUAAAUUUAGAAAAAUGAGUCUAAAAUAAUCGUCCUGCUGCGGUUUCAUAUCCACACAUUGCCAGUUCAGUAUUAAGAUCAAAGCAAAAAUGAUGAUUUAAUAUCUUAUUAAAAAUCCCAGGCCACAGUCCGGCCUUUCUGUACAGGCAUUGAGCUGACAGUGACAUAAGCCAAUCAGGUCUGUUGGUUUGUUAUUGUUGUCCAGAGUCCUUUUUCUGUCCCUCUGGUCUGAAGGCUGCUGCCCACACCCUCACCCUGUCAUUACGACUGGAUGCUGCUAGCGCCAGCACAAACUAAAUAUGAGCUCGCUCGCAGCAUCCACACCAAACCGCACAGACCCUCCCACUCCUCCACCUCACAUGGCUUAAAAAUAAUAAUGUGCCAUUUUUCUUGGACAGCAGCUUAUGUGUCCAGUUGCUCAAAAGUGUUAAGGUUUGAGUGGGAAGCAGUGUUUCUUCUAGUAUCAGUACACGUAUGACACAUGCACAGUGGAUUGUGAUUAAAUUGAGUUAGCUUCUGAAAGGCCAGCGAGGUAAGAGACGGGAGGCAGAGUGGAUGUUAACGUGGGCGUCUAUCCUCUAAUGGUUUUCACUCUUUUGCUCUCCUCUUCUCUCUUUCAUCUUUCAGGUGGCCUCAUGGGUGCUGACCUCACCACUGGCGCAGGCACCAGUGCUGGUAAGAAAAUGCCCUCCUCUCCUCGCAUAUAGUUGUCUGCUAACACACACAAACACCCACACUCACACACACGCACAUAAAUGACACCCACUCACCCACUCGGGGCUGUAAAAUGCAUGACUAAUAGUAACCCAAACCCAAGAGGAGAUUUUGUCCAUGAUGUGUUGAUGUAAGUGGUCGCGGAGUUCAUAUGGGAAUGUUUGCGCAGCGUCGAGGCUGUGACACAUCCUGCCUGCGUUUCGCUAUAAAACGCUACAACAAGUGGGGAAACAGAACAUAAUUGCACUUUAUACUGAAACUGCAGACUGACUGACAGGCAGUCAGAGUGGAUUAAUGGUGAAAGUCCUCUUCAUGAUAAGAUGAAUCUCUUUCUACACCCUCUUUGCGUUUAAAUCCGAAAUGACAACACCCAUAGCUCUAAUGUGGACCAAGUUGUUUCCCCUACACAAACUCUCGACAUACUUAACUGCUAUCAUAUGUCUGCAAUCAAAUUAAUUCAAUGUUUGGAGUGGCUCACCAUGCCGUAAUCAUCCUGUGGAGAGUGGAGAAACCAGCGUCUGAGCAACAUGUGUAAGAAAUCUAGUGUGUUAGCUUCUGUGUGUCAGUGGAAUUGUCCCUGAGGACAUAUUAGGCCCACGUUCAUGGCAAAGAGACUUUUUUUUUUUUUUAAAGGGUUAAAUUUUACAGCCCAAGCGUACAGUGCCGAGUGUAAAAAAUGGAGGGUGGGGUGGGGGGCAUUGGGGGCACAGCUGGGCAGCCUAGUCUGGCCUCAAGGGCUCCAUCACAAGGGGUCAAUGCCUGGUUUCUCUGUCUGGUCACUCAUCACACACACAACAGGACCAUUUGUUGUGGCGUGUGUUCCAUGGACGGCGUGCUGCAGAGCGUGCUUCAAAUGUAGCCUUUGUGUCACCGCGGUGGAGGAACAGAGGCGCUCUGUGCGAGCUGUGUGUCGCUCAGCAGCGGCAAAAAACACGACGUGGAGAGAGAGUCAUGUGGGAGCUAAAAGAUUCCAUUCAAAGCUCUCUUAAAUCUCAUCGAAAGGGGGGCAGAAAGUGUGUGUGAGUGUGUGUGUGUGUGUGUGUGUGUGUGGGGGGGGGGGGAACCCCAGUGAUGAAUAUCUACUGAUGGUAGAAGCAUGUGUGCUAAGGAGAAGAAGUAGGCGAACACAGAUGGAAGUGUUCUGUGAACUUGGUCAGCCAUUUUAAUGAUGUUCCUCUUAGUGAGUCAGUGUGAGGUGGAACCACAAAGACCAGUCUAAUGUUCCUCUUCCCCUCACCAUGAGGUUUGAUAAGCUGAUUGUUCAAGGAGCUGUCUGGACUGGGUAUGAGUGUUUUUAGCGGCCUUACAUAAAGGUGUAAAAUGAUGUCGUGGCUCCAAGGUCCAAAAGGAAGUUUUAAGGCUGAAUCCACAAAGAGUUGACUCAACCUGAUGUCUGUAGUUUGGACAAAUUGCAGGUUUUGGUUGGAUCUUAGUAUUAUUCCAUGUUCUCAAUCUAUAAGAAGCUGUAAUUUCACAAGACAGAAAUCAAAAGAUUAUUUACGCCAUGUCCAAAUAAGCUAAAAUGAAGGUGAUACUGGAAAUAAAUCAUUGGGGCUCAUUUUAAGUGUAAAUUUAACAGGCUGGAGUCACAGGUACAUGUUUGUGACAGCAGCCUCCCCCAUGAAGACGUGAUGACAAUUUUCUUGACUUCGAAUUCAUAAGUUGUGACAGAAAAUUGCAAAUGGAAAAAAGUUCCACAGCCUACAGGAUUUCAGUUCGUUUGUGUUGUUAGUUGCCUAGCAACAGUGCUUUCAUGACUUAAACUACUUGAACUCCAAGUGUACCUUGUCCUCAUCUUACCAUGUAGAAAGCCUGAGAGUUCCUUCUGUGAUGCAGCAGCGGCAGCAUACAGAUGCUCGUUGUUUCUAAAAUAUCUCGAGCUCAUUCUUCAGAACUGGCCUGUAAAUUUGAUUUAGAUGUACAGAUUAUCGAUCGUAGCAUCUUUGCCACAUGAAAACCCAGACAUAAGGGUGAAGCUGGAAUCAAAUGUGGCCUGAAAAGUAAAUUUUGGACCAACGCAAGCAGGGCAUGAAAGGUUGAGUCACCGUGCUUCUUCUGUGGAAAUAUUGUGGAAGCUGUAUUUGUGCUUGUCUGCUUUUGCUCUUUCUACACCAUAUUUGUUCUCCUUUGCUGGGUAGGAGAGUGUGAGGUGUGGAUAGGUUUAGAAAAAGUGAAAGAGAGCUGAUGAAGGGAGCUCCAGACCGAGGCCGCAGCACGUAAAAACCGCUCAGGUCUAUUUGUGUGAUCACGUAGCCGUCACGUAUACUCCGAUCAGCAGAAACUAACAAGAAACUCACCUCACACAUCGGUUAGACACCCGUAAUCUUUUCAAACGAGUUACUUAAACUGAACAUCUUUCAGAUAUUGUUGGUCCAAAUCCCACAGAAACGAAAGCUAAAAAGAAACUGACAACAGCAGAUCAAACCGUGUGUGUGUGUGUGUGUCUCAAUCUUUGGCAGCUCCUCACACCAACUGUACGAGCUGUGAGCUGAGUGUGUCACCUUAGUUCAGUUGGAGAAUUCAGGGUUGAAUGCACAUUAGGCCAAACCGCAACGGAAGAGUGUGUGUGUAUGGGGAAUAGAACGGAGCGCGCCUGUUAGACCACAACAGGACAUUAGAAAUUUGUUCAGUAACAGUUAAAUGUACAUGGGUGUAACCACACCUCUCUCCUUUCUGUGAGUGUGUGUGCGUGUGUGUGUGUCUGUGUGGGUCGGUGAGUGUGAGAGAAUGCACACUUUGUUUUAGGGAUGGGGAAGGGGGGGGUCUUAGACACACGCAUCAUGAAGAGCGCAGGGUUAAAACCAUGGCACCUACAAAGACAGAUAGCAACCCUUCAGCGUUGACCUCAGCUGUCUCCACAUAGCUGUUUUAUCUGAAUCUCAGAUCAGAUCAGUGUGACUUUCUGUACAGUAGCAAAGCAUACUCCAGGCUGGGCUAUGUUUAAUUUUGGUACUUCCUCUAAACGGUUGACGCUUGCUCGACCGUGCAGAGACACAUAAGAGGAGUAGAGUGGAAAUGAACUCUUGAUAUCAUGUCUUCAGUCGAUAAAACGUGAAAUCAAUGUGCCGCUAUUGAAUGCCGCUGUACUACAAUCAGGCUGAUCAGGCUGCAGAAUAGGAAGAUUUGAGUCCCAGCUCUUGCUUCAUUAGCUUAAUUAGCUAAUGAUUUUUCUUUUGAAGUGCUGAAGGACCGGCCUAUGCCACUCACGAUCAUACUCCUCCUGCAGAUAAUUGACUGGACGGCAGCCAUCUCCACAGGGCGGCAAUACACAGAUGUCUGAUUAACUGUCCCCAAGAUGAAGUCCGUGUCAUCUUGACCAAAGUGUGUAUUAAUGCCUCUGCAUCGCUCCAUCUCUUUUUUUAUUCAUCUGUACAGAAACACUGAUGUACUUCCUGCUGGGUUAUUUACCAAAGUGUGUGCUUGGCGUGUGUGUGUGUGUUUUACGUGUGUGUGUGAGGUCUCAUUCAUCUAUCUCCACAUGCACCCACUCAAUCUCACAAAGGGCCGAGCAUGAGAAUGAGAGAGCGGGAAAACUGAAGAGGCAGCUGCCUCUUUUUCGCUAAUGUGAGAUUGACACUGGAACUAAGAGGGUCCAAUACAAAACACACACGUGCAUCCAUAUGCAUAAGCAGCCAUACAGCAUGUCUCGCGAAAUGUAAAGUCCUACAGUGCUCGGGUAAAAAAAAAAAAAAAACGCUUAUGAAAAAUCAUCCACAAAAUUGCAUUAAGCAAAACGUACAAGCGCACACAGUCUGUGUUGUUAACAUCACUCCAACAAGCUCACACAUCACACAUGCCAGCAGAGGCACACACACUCACACACACACCAGCAGUGACACACACUGUUUUUCUCGUUUUCUGUCAGACGGCCUCAUUUUCUCUCACCGCUAGCGGUCGUUUACUCUUCAGAUUGUUCAAAUUGAGCUUUUGAGACUUUUCAUUUCCAAACAACAAAAACCUCGCUCUCAAAUUAAACAAAGAUCAGCGAGGGAAAUUGCCCAGGAAGACAUCUGCGACUCAUUUUCCCCCGGAGUAUAUGAUUAGGAAAUUCAUUUAUGUCUAACGUAUAAUUCCUGCCCUUCUUUCAAGUGGGAACGUCCACACAGUGCCCUGUGUUCUACCCUUUGGAAGAAGGAAGGAGAAGUAAGGGGAAAAACAGCCUGCGGGAUUGGGUUAGAAACAAAGACUAUGUUGCUUGCAAGAAUGCUCCACUCUCCGUUUUUUUUUUUUUUUAAUGAUGUUGCUGCUGGGAUUUGGCCCCACUGGUUUUUGAGGAGGAAACGGGUGCUGCUCUCAGCCCUCCAUACUUACAGAGAAUUCAGAUCUGGUGGCAAACCCAAAGCGGGGUCUUUGUCUGGAAGAACCGCACAUGUUUAGCUCUGAUGGACAAAUGACGGGUCCCAUCCCUCUCUGUGGCUCUGCUACCCGUAAUUAGAUGUUUUUACACGAUUCACUGGCUGUUGCAGGGCACAUGUAGCCUUAACUGACAGUGACAGAGGUGGAGGGCGAGGUGCAUGAGAGAGCGCGCGUUAUACGACUGCCAAGCAAACAGUGGCAGUCCUCAGGGCAGAGACAGUUUGUCUGUUUGAGUAUUUGCUUCAUUAGCGUGUAGAAUUUUCAUUUAACACUUCCUACUACUCAGCUUGACAGAUUCAACAACAUGAAGUUGUGUCUUUGAUUCAUCUCUGAAUGCUUCUUUACUUCAUGCCUUUCUGUCUCUCUUCUCCCUCUCAUAGGAAAUGGAUACGGGAAUCACCGCAACUCUCCAGGUCUGCUGGUCUCUCCAGGUGGAAUGAACAAGAACAUGCAGGCUAAAUCCCCCCCACCCAUGAACCUAGGCAUGAACAAUCGCAAACCUGACCUACGUGUGCUCAUCCCCCCUGGUGCCAAGAACAACAUGCCCUCCAUUGUGAGUUUUCUGUCUCACUCUCCCUCUAUUUGAUGUCAUUGCUAAUCCUUUCCUAGUUCUUUCCCUACUCUAUGUUUUUUCUGUCUACGCUUCGCUUGCUGUUGUUUGUUUCCUUUCAUGCUCUCUGCAGCUUUCAUCUCUUCAUAUCAGACUUGGGUUGAUGCGGUUAUCUUUAUGAUGAGCUUGACUAAACGCAUGUGACUGUUUGGCUGUUUUCUUCUGCGCUUUGGCAGCCAAAACUAAAACUACAGUUCACUUUUGGCCCAAGUCUGAUAUACUGACAGAUACACAUUGGCUCCUGUAGGCCCUGAUAGUUCUUUCUCCUGUCUUUCUAAUAAGGUGUGUUAAGUUAGUGUAGUUGUAAUAGUCCUUUUGUCAACUCUUUUUCCAUUGGCUCCGUCCUGCAGCAGUUUCAUACCUAGAUCUAAAGUUAGACACCGCUAGUCUAUUCUCACUUACACUCACUAAUUUGAAUUUAUCACCCUCCCCUUUUAAUGCCUCAGUCCGAGGAUGUCGAUCUGCUCUUGGUAAGUCAGACUGAAACUUAGAUUUAUAGAUCAAAACAACCCUAGAAGUGGCAUCAGGAGUUUGAAACUUUAAAAAAAAAGGUUUUAGCCCCACACUUGAUGAUAUAAAACUCAAUUUCCAGCCCCUUAAUAUUCAGUGAGCUUUUCCUCACACUGUUAGAUUUUAACAGCUGGAUACAGAGAUAUGAAAAAAUCUUGACUCUAGAAUACUUUUACCUUUAUAGUUGCUGACUCUGCUGAAGCCUUUAGUGCUAUCUAAGCCGUUUGUGAGGGUAAAUAGUGCCAUCCAGUGGUGCAGGAGAGUAACAGCAGCCUGGCCUCUUUUUCUGCUUCAGUCCCUGGGUAUCUACUACUCCUUUUUCUUGUUUCUUUUCUUUUUAAACGCACAUAGACUCCCUCUCUUCACACGCACAUCUCGCUGCUUUUAUUCCUCAGACUGUAAAUAUGAAGGGCAACAAAAGAGCACACUUUCAUUUUGCAUCAAACCUCUAUUAUUUCCUGCCAAACCUUCCCCUCUGCUACAGUAAAGUGCCUCUCCCUUGCCGUUGCUACCCCUGCGUUGCUGUGGAGACCGAUGGUGUUACUAUAGCGACAGAGGGCCCUUGGAAAGGGUGGUAAAUGAUAGGGUUGGCAGGGUUCAGCGGUGCCGCGUGUCAAGUGAUUAAUUUCCCCCUGAAGUUGGCAUCACAUUCAUUCUCCCAGCAUCUGUUGAGUGGAACAAAGAGAUGAAAGAAACUUUUCUGGGUUUUUAUUGCAGUUUUUUUUCCUCCUGUUUGUUUGUUUUGUCUGGGAGUUGAUUUCAUGUUCUCAAACGUCUCCCAUCUCUUUUUUUUUCCCUUCCGUCUUUUCUUUCUUUGUCACAGAACCAGAGAAUAAACAACUCUCAAUCUGCUCAGUCAUUGGCCACCCCUGUGGUAUCAGUAGCAACUCCCACUCUGCCAGGACAAGGCAUGGGCGGAUACCCAUCUGCCAUCUCCACUUCAUAUGGUACAGGUGCGUAUCAAAGACUGUUAUCCCGAACAGAUAAGGCUUAUUUGUCUGUUAAAACUUUAUCCUUAUUACUUUAAAUAUUUUCAGACACUAAAAUACAACAUAAGUUAUUCUUUCUGAAACCCCAGUCAGAAAAUUGAAUCGAUUUAAAUGUUCUGAAUAAGUGAGAAAGUAAAUAAAUAAAAUAAACUUUGCUCACUUGAGGUGUUUUUGUUUUUAAACAGUGUUAAAAUUCUACUAGUAAUACCACAGUUGCACAGCAGAGGGUGCUACAGUCUCAUCAACCACCGCUCACAUUCAUGCAACGUCACUGCGGCCUCUACCAGAGCUGCCCCCUCUUUGUAACUUUGCUUUCACUUUAAUGAACAGUCUUUAAUCGACUUUCUUUUCUUCACCCAGAGUACUCCCUGAACAGCGCAGACCUUUCAUCCCUGUCCGGCUUCAACAGUGGCAGCUCCCUUCACCUCGGCUCAAUGAGCGGGUGGCAACAGCAACACCUUCAGAACAUGCAGCAUUCAGCCCUCGGCCAGCUAGGGUGAGCAACCCAAACUUAAUCUGAGGUGUUGUUUUGAAAUGCACGAUGGAAUCAUCACAAGAUGACUUGUCUUCAUACGAUGACAGAUAUGACCCCCUCCUUGUUUUAAAGUUAGGAGUGUGUGGGGGGUAUGCGUGCCUUGUUGCGUGACUGACUUGAAAUUCACUUUGUUUCUUGCUCUGUAACUCUGUAACCUCUUGCGUUUCCUUUCCUCUCAACAGAAAUUGCUCUAGCUCUCACUUAUGUCAGGGUUCAAAUCUGUCCCUGCCCUCUGCUCAAAGCCUGCACAUCAAGUCCGAACCUGUUUCUCCUCCUAGAGAUCGCACCAGCAGCACACCAGGGGGCUACGGCGGGGUACCGCCUCCCCAGAACCCCUCGUCCCGCCAGGACUCGGGACGCUCCCCUGUUGAUAGCCUGAGCAGUUGUAGCAGCUCCCAUGAGGGCAGCGACCGGGACGAGCACAGGAACGAGUUCCACUCACCUCUGGGACUGGCCCGACCCGCCCUGGACGAGCGUGAGAGCCCCUCCAUCAAACGGGUGCGUCUGUCUGAAGGAUGGGCCACAUGAUAGCUCCGUCUCCCCUGGCAAGUGCCCAAAAUCGCCCUGAGCCCCCCAACAACAACAACAACAACAACAACAACACAGCGUUACAAUGCCCCCUCCCCAAAGUCAACUCCCUCCUCUUCCUCCUUUCACUUGGUAUCAUGAGUCACUCACCGCCCGACCCCACGGCCUCUCUCCUUUAUCUCUAACGCUGAAGGAAAGAAAAGGGACUGCCCUUUUCAAAAAUAUGUUUCUUUUCUUUUUUAUUUUCUUUUUGCCGAGUGUGUGCGUGUGCGUGUGUGUGUGUGCUAUACAUAUUGACAUUAUAUAAACCAGUGGGGUGUUGUAAUGGGGUUUUGGGAGGGCGGGUGUUGGUUGGGACAGGAUCUGGGGGUGUUUUUGUUGGGGAACUAUGCAUAAAUUGUAUUGUGUGUGGCUAAAAGAAUCACGUAUGCAUAUAUCUUUACACGUGUGUGUAUGUGUACAUAUAUGCAUAUCAACAAAUAAACAAAAAAAUAGUCAGGUACUCUGUUUCAUAAAACGUACUUACACUUUGCCUCAGCAAUAUAUCAGAGACAAGAGACAAAAAAAGACAAAAAAAGACAAAAAAGACAAAAAAAAAAUCAAACAAACAUGAACAUGAGAGUGAGUGUGUCCAGUGGGAAACACCUUAGCACUUGAGUUGGACAAUACAUGUGUACAGUGUCAGUUUCAUUGCUAUAAACCUUCUCUGCAGUUCUCCCUUGCAAAAAUGUGUGUUAUCAUUAGAUGAUGUCAUGUUGCAGGUUCAACGUAUUUAUGUAAAUAAAGGGUCGAGGGGGGAAGGGCAGGGGUCAAAAAGUUGCCAGACAUUACAAGAUUUAUUUACUCACUAAAUGAAAAAGCUAUUAUGCAACAUUUGAAGGAUUGUACAGGUAAACAGGCAGCCCCAAUGCUAGACAUGUGGAACCUUUGAUGAAGUUAGCACUCCUCUGAUAGGCCGGUGCCGAGCGAGGACCACCCUUUGAUCUCAGAGCUACGUUAGAGUAAUCAAGACAGCUCCGGAUCUAGUAUUAAUAUUCAGUGUUAAUAAAGAAAAAAAAACAAUUGUACGAUACACUUGCUUAUAUUUUCAUAUGAAAGGAAUACAAUGCAAAGCAUUUUUGUGGCUUUUUGUAGUUUCUAUAAGCCAGAAUGUGUUUUUGAUAGCUUUGCUAAUAAGAGAUGGAGAGUUCGCCCAGAGGGGAAUUGACGGGGCUUUGAAGCCCUAAGCCAUGAAAACAGACUGAGAUCCAAUGCUUUGCUGAACUGUUUUAUCUUUGUAGAGGUUUGUUUUUAAACGUGUAUUUCUAAUUAUAUAUAAUAAUGGUAAUAUUAAGAAUCUUUAAAAAAAAAUCUGUGAAAUUAACAUGCUUGUGUAUAGCUUUCUAAUAUAUAAAUAUAUAUACUAAUGAUUUUUGUUGGUUUCUUAGUGGAGUUUCUAUGUGCAGUUGCACAUGUUGUCUGGUUUGUUUCAUUUGAGCCCUGAACAGUGGAGUUCAGGGGUGUAUUUAGUCUAAACCUUAAAAAACCAGCUGGGAAACAUCACCAGGGUUUGUGUGGCGGAGGAAAGACGGGCCUGAAUGCUGAAAACAAGCUGUUAGUGGGAAAUGUCAGGCGACUGGAACAGGAGGCGACACAAAAAUAAAUGUUGACACAUGUGAUGGACAGGACUGUCAAACUGAUGAGGAAAUAUGGCUGACCCUAAACCCGAGUCCAGACACAUUUCAGCGCAUCAGAUAUUUGACUCUGUAGCUUAAUAAUACAAUUUCAUAAUCGGAUAAGAUUUCUGACAUUAUCAGUGCAUCUUAAAUUUCAGCUCGUGUUCAACAUUUCACACAAUCGCGGGCUCAGUUUAAACAAUUGUCUUCAUGCAAAAUAGUUUGUGUUGAAGUGCAUCAUGGGUAAUUAUCCCUGAACAUUUUUUUUUUUAACCUAACUGGAUCCUGUGCCAUCCUGUGUCUCCUCAUGUUCCAGUCUCCGGGGCAGAUUUCCACAUCCUUCACCACAUGUUCAGCAUCAGAUACACAGGGACAAAUUGAUGAUGCUGGUAGGAAGAAGCACAAUUUGUUUAUUUGAAAUAAAUAAAUAGCUGUUUUGAUUUUCUCUUUAUUAAAAACAAUGAAACUAGCCACAUUUCUCUCUGCCUCCCACUCCCGUAUCUGCUGUCACUUAAGUGUUAUGAUAUUUCUAUGUGCAUAUUUCAUGCAGGUUCACUAUGUUGUUACUGUAAACAGUCUGUGUAGUCAAACAGGGGCAGAGCCUCUAUGAUGAUGUUCUUCUUCUUCUUCUCUUUUUUUAACUCAAUAACAAAAAGGUUGAGAAAAAAAAUAAAUAAAUAAACAUGAUGUUUCAGGCAGCGACAGUGUGGAGAAACCAAAGCCAGUGGCAUUUCUGUGUUGUAAACUCAACUUUUAUUUUCACAUUCAUUUAUGGUUUUUGCAAGCAUUGAAACAAGACAAUAAAAGAAUUUGCUCAAAUGUACAAUUGGUUUCACAUUUCAAUUCCAGUCCAACCACAAUGAUCCACCUGUUCUCCCCUUUGAGCAAUGCAUUAAAAAGCCGAACAAAAACUAAUAAUCCAACAUGAUCAGAUUAUUCUAAGAGUGCUGCAUCUCUGACAAUAAUUUCAACCAAAGACAUGCAGUGACCUUGUCUUUCUACAUUUGUUUCUUCUCUUGUUGUGUUUGUUAAAUUUAUUUUUACAUCACCUGUUGAUCAGUUGUUCUUUGUUGUUCAUUAUAAAUAUAGAUCUAAUGUUGGUACCUCAAAAUUGACCCGCUCAGUACCUCAGCUGAUGUUUUGCAGUCAAAAAGGGGGAGACCAUACACCUGUACAGCCAUGUGUAAUAACCAUGUAAUACCAUUACUUCAGGUCCCUACAUUCACAUGGGAUUCUUUGUUGCUCCACUGUGUUUGUAGUUUAUUUAAGUUGUAUUCAAAAGCUGAAAAAUGGAUUUCUAAAAAAGAAAAAAAAAAGGAAUAUGUACACUGCUUUAAAAAAAAAAGUCAGUCUGUAGUAUCAAAUGUAGCUUGUAUAAACCUGAAACUGGGGUAAGUUUGGAACUAAUGUUUUUCUGAAGCGCAAGAGAGCGGCUUUCAGCGGCAUAAGCUGGCCUUUGUCGCCACUUGAGACGAAGAUGGUUUUAAAUUAAUUCCACAUCUCUGUAACUCAAGAGACUUGAUUCAGCUGUAUGUAGUGAAAACGUUAUGGGGGUGAAGUCAAAGUGUCCUCUGCUGGAGGUGAAAAAGGCUAUUUGUAUUUUGCAGAGAUUUCAGUAAAGUUACUGGCUUUCUUAGUUAUCCUGA